AUGGAGUCCCUGCCCGUUAUCCCGCUUCCUGAGAUCAACCCACAGCAUCCUCAGCUUUCAAGGGGAGAACAGCCUUUCAUCUUUGAAAAUGCAAUUAUGCAGGGAAAACUGAUGAGCUCAGAAAAGACUUCUGUCUUUGGCCAGAUGGACAGAGAUUGUUGAUGCCACACUGGACUCUAGGGGCUAUAUAUUGUUAAAGGGAGGAAACCUUAAGGGAAUUGGAAGGGGUGGGGAAAGGGCACUUUGGGCCUGAGGGUUAGAAAACCCAGCUUCUGUUGAAGCUGUGAGCCACGGUCUAUACUAGGCCUCUGCUUCAACAGGACCUGGCCAGCUGCAUUCACUGGGAGAAAUGAAGAAAAACCAAGGAACCAGGAAGCAAAGGGACGUCUGGAAGUGAGGUUGGGUUGUCCCUCAUGUUCUUACAAUAAAAGGAUAUUACUGAGAUGGGUAACUCUGGGAGCCAUAUUUCGGUGUUGGGAGUCUAUAACAUCCCUCAACUUGCAGAAAAUCCUCAAUUAAUCAAAGGUGUUGUGCCAUUGCACAUUUAGGAGGCACACCCUCAAACAAAGGCUCUUCCUGAAACAUUUGUGAAGAAUUUGGGUUGGGUUGUUUUUAAUUUUCCCACGUAAAGUACCCAAGCUUAAUAAAAUUUAGAUGAUCUAGCUAUUAAAUGUACCCUUGCUUGGGGGGAAAAAAUCCCUACUGGGAUUUGUUAGAAACGUUGACAAAUUAAUUAAAUGUUGCACAUGUAGGCUACUGGGUAUGCCCAAGCCAUUCAGCUGACAAUAAAACCCUGCACUGGCAGGGGAGAGGGAACUGGGAAAAUUCAGCUGGACCUCUUCAGAGCAGCCACAAGGGAAAUUAGGGAAAUGUCAAAACACACUCUCUCACUCUUUUUAAGCUCUUGGUUUGGAAGAAUAUCACAGUUCAAAAGCCUACCAAUUUACAGAGAGAAAAGUCAGGCAUGCAUUAAAAUUUUAGUCUGAACAAGGGAGGAAUUAAGGAAGACACUCCCCCACACUUCCCUUUUCCUUAUCUUGCAUUCCUUAUGGUCUUGGAUUAAUAGACUUAAAGGAUUAUGUGUGGAAAUCUCAGGUAAAAUGUUACUAACUGGAGUAUUUGUGACAGAAGGGACUCUCCCUAAAGUAUGUCACACCUCAUCAAGGAAAAGCAGGAGGAGCAAAAUUGUGACAAAUGGGGGGGGGGGUUGGGUUUUGUUUAAAAUUGGAGGAGGGAGUACAAGACUGGUGGUGACUAAAAAGGCCUUAAAAGGGUGACAGAAUUUAUGAAAGCUUGCUAUUCAGAAGUCAGUCCUGGAUAUGUUUUGCCCAUAUGUUGAAUUUGAUUACAGCUUAUGCAGAAAUACAUAUAUACCUCAUUGGACGGUUAUGACUCUCCAUCCUUGGAGGUUUUUAAGCAGUGGUUGGAUGACCAUAUGCCAUGGGUGCUUUAGCUGAGAUUCCUGCAUUGCAGGGGGUUGGACUAGAUGACCCUUGGGUCCCUUCCAACUCUAAAACUCUAUGAUUCUAUGAUAAUAACUGUGUUAUUACUAUUAACACUGUUUACUUUGUCACACAAAAUGUAAAGGCAUUUUCAUAUGUGUUGGCACGCAUGAAAAAUUCCAAAAUCCACACUCGGGCAAUAUUUCUGUUAUUAUGCCAACCAAAAUGUUACAGUAGCUUAGAUACUAUUUUGCGAUAUUUUGGUUGGCCUAAUAAGGUUGUUGCCCUAAUAUGGAUUUUGGAACUGUUUCAUCUUCUAAAUCUAUCCUUCUCUGGGUCAUCAGGACCAGCAUUUGUGCUUCUUUGCCAUAUAGAAAAAGCACCACUAAGGUUUCGAUACAAGAAUGCAUUUGUAUUGGAGGUCAUUUGGUACAUCACUCCAUCUGAUGUGAAAAUCUUAAGCCUGCUUCAUUCAGCAGCCAACCAAUUAAACUUUGUCUUGACUUUGGCACAAGGGAAAAAAUAUUUCCCAGUUCCUCCUUCUGAGCAGCAGGGAUUAUCUGUGCGCCGCUGAAAUGAGCCAGCCCUCCCUUUCCCUCCUGCAACAAUAAAUGCCACAUUGAUUUAGAAUGAGCGGCUUGUUUUACAGUGCUGCAUCUCUGCACCAGCUUUCUCCACCGAGGCUGGGGCAUUUCCCUUUUAAGAGCUUGCAAAACUGGAAGGGAACGAGGCAAAGAAGGAAAAUCUAGGCCAUUGCCCCUUUUAAGCUGCAAUUCUGCCUGCCUGUCUCCCUUUAAUCUGCACCCAAAGCCCCAGGAUCAGAGGCUGACGUCAUCCUGCCCCUGAGCCUCCCUCUCUGAUUGGCUGAGGGUGACGUCAGGUGCUUUUUUUCAAGGCAUGACCUCAUCCUCAGUUCAUUUUUAGUUCUAAAGUGCAACCUUCUGUCUUCCUGGAUCCCUUCAGCCCUGUUAAUGCUUAUCUGUGCUACCUCCCCCCCUCACACUACCCUCGCCCCUUCUGCAGAUACAUGCCUGCCCCUUAGUUACAGGGCUGGCAUUAUGAGCGCAUUUCAGUGUGGCUGCGCGCGUGUAUUUGCAGAGGGUUAGAUCUUGCAUCAUCAGCACUUGCCCCAGCGUUUCCAGAGCGUUUCCCACCCGACCUUCUCGUAAUUGUGGUUAAAUCAUCCUGACGAAUGUGCAGAAAUCUGCAAUCAGCUGGAGGGUUUAAAGGGCUUUGAUCCUAGGCUGCAGAGGAAGUGCCAGGAAGGUAAGUGUUUUUAAAUAUUAUUAAGGAUCCGCGCGAGAGUCGGGGGUGGCGGCGGGGACUGGACUUCCACAUAUCGCUUAAUGACCCUGCAGAAUACUGCAGUACGGGAGAUCCCAUGCGGGUUUGUAUGGGGGGCGGGUGGGCAGCGGGGUGGGUACUACAACCUGCACAGGCUUUUAAUACGCUUGUUGGACCUUCCGCAUCAAGACGCGAAUGCUGCAUGUUGCUGCAUUCAGCAUGCGUUCCUAUGGAAUCCUAUGUGUAAUGCCGGCUUCUACUAGAUCUGUGACUGUGCAUAAAUUUAGUGCAUGCAUCGUAAUCUUAUCUGGGAGGGGAUGGGGGAGUGGGGUGGUGCUAAUUUUGGAAGGUAGAGUAGGUGCCGAAGGUUUUUGCAAAAAAAUAAAUAAAGGCAGAAGGAACACCUCUCCAAUGCUGCAUACAGAAAAAUGCGCAGUAGAGUCAGCCGCGCUGCAGGGAAGGGAGAGCUGCGUUCAGCGAAUCGCAUAUUUAUGACGUGUGUUUAAGUAACAGGAGGGUUUUAAGAAUCGGAUUAUACUAGGCUGAAAUAAAACCGCAGGCUCCUGCGAAGUGAAGGGAAAGUCUCUGUGUGCGCGCAGUUGUGACCGGGGCGGGGUGGGGGGACGUGUUUGUGUGCGUUUCUGCUAAGAGGUGGUUGUUAUGCCUCGAGACUUUUCCAGGAAGGAUCAGACGAGGAGAAAUGUUCAAGGCUCGCUUUGGAUGCGGAGCGUGGAGUGUCCUCAUUCUUUUUAGGAUUGCGGGGGGAGAGAGAGACAGAGACGGUCCAUAAAGCUUUCCCCCUGUGGUUUGUGAGGUUGGUGUUAACAGCCCUGUGGUUUCCUAAUGCCGAAAGAGUUUGGUUUGCCGCCCGGUUCCUUGGCGCUUCGGAAGCACCCGAGGAAACAAGAGUCUGCUGCGUUUCACCUUGGCUAGCGCCUUGACUAGGAGCAGCAGUGCGUGUGUGUGUGCUGUGAUUCAGCAUUUGACGGUUUGAAAACAACAACCACCUCAUCCAAUAGUAUGGUCAGGAAGGUUUGCCCACAUUUCAUGUCUUCAGUUCAAUCAGGAACAGAGCAGGAAGGGCCUUUUCCCCCCUUGGUGGUGGAGAUGGGGGACCUUUUUAUUUUAUUUUUUGCACGAUACAGAAUUAAGAUUUGAUACAGCUGUGGCCAAGAAAUACUGCAUGCAGACGUUCUUCUGGGGCCUUUCUGUAGGAGAGGGAUUGCCGACUUGUCAUAAUGCAUGGAUUUUUUGGGUGGGUGGGUGUGAAAUCACUAUGCUGUCAGUUGCAAAGGUUCUAAUCCAAGCUUCAUCGCUUUAGGCAUCACACACACACACACACACACACACACACUUAACAACCUGCAUCUCAGUAUGAUUAAAAAUAUAAGACUUCUCUAUACAUCUCUCAUAAUGAAUGUAAAGAGUUGUUUCAGCCCUAGCUCCUGCAAGCAUCAGCUUAAUAGUACGGCCAUCUAUAGAAAUGCUUGUACUCCCUUGUUUUGAAGCCUUGCAACAAAUGACUCCCAAGAUCUUGCUGCAGUUUGGCUUAAUUCUGGCACAACACAGUUGAAUUACGCUAGUCAAAAUGCAAAAACUGCAGGGUGGAGGGACAGAAGCCCCCAUGUAAAUUAACCAAUGCAAGCCAGAACUUACCUUUUCGUACCUUUUUUUGGUAAGGCCAGUGCAACUUAUAUUUAAGGCUUGCAUGACUACCUAGAAGCUUGGCAUCACAACAACCCUGUGAGAUAAAUUAGGCUGAGAAUACGUAAAGCUGAGCAGACAUUGAUUUGCUUUAUCCAGACAUUCUAGCCAUUGCAUCAGGCUUACCCUCUGGGUACUAUUUUAUAAAAGUAUGGCUAUUUUCACUGAUGACACAAAGCAGUCAGUCUAGUCUUUCGUGCCACUUGUAUACAGGUGUGAACAAUGGGAAAGUAAGGGAAACGAAGCUGUUUUUAAACCGAAUGUGCAUUCUACUUUGUGUGGGUUUUGCAAUCGUAUUUUGCAUGCAGGGAAUGCAAAAAAGAAAAAGGAAAUACUUUCAGUGUCAUGGAUGAAAAUGCCCUUUGUCUGUAAUGAAGUCUAAGGAGGCUAUGUGUGAAUGGUCAUUGCAUCCAAGCCAGGGAAGUGUGCUGAGCAGACAGCAUUACACAUUUUGAUAGGUCAGCUGAUUUGUUUUGCACGUGAACAAUAGCUGAGCUCAAGUCUGAAUGAAACUGGUGUGAGCAAUAAAGAGAGAAGGGUUGCUAGCUUCACUGCACUGGGUGCUAGAUGUCUUCUGUUCACCUCAAACCUUGCAUGGGAUGAUCUCUCUCUUUCUCAGUCUCUCUCUCUCUCUCGCACACAAACACCCACACCCACAGUUUGAUUCCCUCUCCAGUUCUUUUCUUGUCACAGAAAGGGCCCAGAUACCUCAUCAUAGGGACAAUGGACCAGGCAUCCUCCAGUCCCCCAGACAAGGCUACCAGAUUUCAACUUGGAUAUGUUUAACCAUUCUAGAGCUGCAAAGGGAUUCAUCCACAGCAUCCUGAUCCUCUCUUUCUUCUUUGGCCCCUUUGUCCAUCUUCUCUUUCCAACUGCUGAGUGGUUAAAAAAAAAAAAUCCCUGGUGGAAAUGGUUGGUCAAGAAGCUGUGGAUUCGGAAAAUUCAAAACCGCCCCUUCCUUCAUGGCUGUGUGGUUGUUCAGAAACAGCAUGAUCUCUGGGCAGCAAUUUAGCAGCUUGACUAGCAGGCCGGUGUAGACUGCGGUGUGUCACAUGAAGAGAGCCUGCGCUUCAAAGGGGAAUCCCACAAAGAAAAAUGAAAAGCAUCCCCAAAGCCCAGGGUCAUUGGCCAAAUAAGAUUGUGUACGAGGAAACACUCUCCCACUCUCAAUUAGAUGGAACGACCAGUCAGAUUCAGAGUACGGCCAUCUGCACCUGUGCACUGAUUCAGUUCUUAUGAGCUGUGCUGAGCGCCACUCAUUAAAAUGUCGAACAGCAGUCAGUGCAGGUGAGAGCAGUGACUGGUGGGAGUUAGGAAGAGGCUUGCAAAGCAAGCCUCCCGGUUGCUGGCCUGGCACUGCAGUGAAAAGCACUGUCCAGAAGCACCUUAAAUAGCAUAUGUUUAACUCCAGUACUGAGCUGUAGGCUUUGCAGAAAACAGAAGGGUCACAGCACCUUCCCCGUCCUGAGCACAUGUGUCUCUUGUGGCUUGACAGAAAUGAAGGUGAGAAGCAUAGCUUGGUACUGGAAGUAUCAAAUAUGGACAGAAAAUGAAUGAACCUUACAACAUUUCAUUUCCUCAUGCUGGAAAGGGGUUGUUUGUAGAUGGGCUAUUUCUCCACAGGGGCUUGGGGAAAACACUUCUUUGUUUGUUCACAGGUCCAGCUAGUGUGUUUCUGUAAUGAGCAGGAUUUUUAAAACCCACACAAUUGGCUGUGCAGGAUGAAAACGCCUACUCUAAAGAUCAAGCUAUCCAGGCAAGAAUUCUCCAACUGUUUAACCCUGAAUAUUCUCCAGUAUGGCACAGUGAAGUUGUUAAGUGUGUGGAUAUGUUUGUACCACAGAUACAGGAGAAGGUGAUCUUCAGGUAAUGUGGUCACAAGUCAUAAAGGUUUAAGACCAGCACAUUAAAUUGGGCCUGGAAAUAGACUAGCAGCCGGUGCAGCUGACAAACCACGGGCAGAAUUCAGUCAGAACCAUGGGCUAGGAGUAUGUGUGUGUGUGCACACGUGCACAUUCAUAUAAUAUUGUAUGGUAUAUGAAGUUAAACAUGGUAGUAAGAUGGUCUUCAGUGAAACGUGGAAAAAGGCAACUACAGAUUCACUCUUUAUUCAUUAUUCCAUAGGAAUAGCUAAAGGGGGAAAGUGGGGUGAUGGUUUAGAAAGUGCUCUAAAUAGGUAAUGGUAUGCAUUGACAAGAGCAGGGUGGAAUGAAUGGAAUAUGGCUUGUUGAAACUUUGUAUAUCCCUUCAUCCUGGGCUUUUAAUUUCACACUGUGAAAUUUGCGCAGGCUUAGUGGAUUCCACAUCUGUGUUUGUGUGUUGUAGCAAAGAAGACAAGAGAGUCUGGCGACUUAAAGGCUGUUAUUUCAGCAUGAGAUUUCACAUCCUUGUUUAAAAAGAUGGAGAAAGUAUGCAGCAUGUAAACAAGAGAAACACAGCCCUGAGUAUUUAUAAAGUAUGGCCCUGUCACUGAAUUAUCUGCAAGAAAGCUGCAAUUUUUAUUUAUUUUACUUUUGUACAGGGGUCAUAUAAAAUCCUUGCAAACUGCAGCAGCCUUUCACUUUAGCAACAGAACAGAGCCAUUUCAAUGCUUUCUAUCCAAAUGAAUAAUAAGUUAAAACUAGUCCUUCAAGCUCUGCAUUUUCCCCACCCCAUUUUGCAAAAUUAUUUCAUCAAAUAUUCGUUUGGAGUAAGUUAGUCAGGGCAAGAUAACAUAGUGGAACAGAAGUGAACCUAUUAUUGGGUUUUUCUAAGGCUUGUCCUUAUGAAUAUGACUGCACUCUAGCAGUGGGACCAUAAUGCCUACUUCAUCAUAAAUUUGGGUUUAACAGUGCAUUAUAUAGAAGGGCAAGCAGUUACUACAUUUGUUUAUUCAUUUAUUUAAAAAUAGUGGGUUUUUUCCUGUUUGCAAUUCAUUGAUUUAUAUGUUUCAGUGUAGACUAUCAGUAGAAUUAGUCAGAGUUAUUUUAUAUGAAAUCAAUUAUGGGAUAUAUUAAUAUGGGCUUGAUUUCUACUCAUGGCUGACAGUUCAAUCUUUGCUGCUGAUUUAAUACAGACUUAGACCACAUUGUGCAGUCAAAUUUAUACUGGCAUGGUUUUUUUCUUUAAAUGUGGAGAAGCUGGGUGGGCCAACAUAGUUUAUUUUGUAGUGAGCUAAUUGAGUUUUUUUGUGUGUAGCAUUUAUGCUGGUUUAACUGCUGUAAGUUUAUUCUCUGGCAUAUUAGUGAAAACUGAAAGCAAGUGCACUUGAAAAAAUGCAAGUGCUUCUGAAAAGUAGGCGGCUUUUGGCAAUUUUCCUGUAGACACAAAGUGGUUUCUUAUGGUAGACUUAAUGGACUGUUGAUGGAAUAAAGUACUAGAGUCUUACAUCACUUGCAAUCAAGCUGAAAUGGGAAGCGGAGGAGAAAAUACAGUGAAUUCAACUCUGCAAAAUUAAACACACACGUUUCUGAGGCAUUAAAAUAGCAUAAAUGGUAAAGAUACCUAAAGAGUUAAUCAACAGUGCAAAUAUUUCUUACACUGCUAUCUAAGUCAUGACUGCCAAUAAAUCAUCUUUCCUACUUUUUAUGCCAACAUGGCAACAAUGUUGUAAAACGCUAUUGAAGAGCUUCUUAACUGUUUCAAUUAAUUAAAACUACAGAGAGCCAGUGUGGCGUAAUGGAUAGAUGUGAGAUUAGAAUUGACGGUAGGGGUGCGCUGCAUGGGAAUAGUAGAAAUUGUGGAAGCAAGAUAAUUGACAUUGGAAAUUAUUUUCUUGAUGUCAUUUUGAUGCCUCGUGCUCAUUAUCUUUUUUGGUGGUGUUGUCUAUUCCAGAUACCUUUUCCAGUACCUGGGGUCCUGGUCACCCCAUUUUUCUUCAGAUAUUUCUUGUUGUUCUUUAAGCCACAAGUGAGGUGGGUUUAUACAUUUCCUUACUGGUUCCAGAUUAUGUGAAAGACACAGAAGCAAGAAAGAUAAAAUAUUUUAGUAGAUCAGCUUUGCAGGGGAAAGGCUGACCUUUCAGUUGGACUGUUACAGUUUGUAAAACCUUCAGGACUCAGAGCCCAUCUUUUGCAAAGUGCUACUCUUCCAGAAAUAGUUAGCAAAUGAAAAGUCACUCUACCAUAUGCUGGGCUGGUGUAGAUCCGGAAGUUUUGUUUAAUGUCUCUCCCAUCACUUGGACCACAGUUGCUCUGUGUGUGUCAGAGACAGAGACUGCUGCUAUGAGCUUUAAACUAUUGAUCUGCAUUAUAGUAAUUUUCCUUUCGGAGCAUUGGCUUCUGUGAAGAUACAGGACUUGGAUCUUCAUCUGUCUCACUGUCAGCCUGGCUUUGAAUUGGGUUAGCUCCAAGGUGCACUAAUUUGUUACAUUAUGCUGUUCAGUAGGUAUGGUUCAUAGACUGUGCCAAUAUGAGGAACUCCUGCCCAGCACCGAAAAAUGAAAAAAGGCAAUACAAGAUGGAUUUCUUUAGGUUCUCAGCUGAUGGUCUGAAACAUGAAGGCUCCCUUUGUACAUAGGCAGGAAGUGCAUAAAUAAUUUUAUUUACCAUUAAUGUUAAAACUUCCAUUAACAUCAGUAAGGUCCAAAUUCAGUAGUUUCACACAUCCUGGCCAGUUUAAGUUGAUGUGUAUAGCAAUAUGUGCAGAAUAAACAGGGGAGAAAACUACUCUGGAGUGAGUGUUUACACAUUUAUUUAGCUAUUUCUUCUUUUUUUAUCAGUCAUAUACCAGUUCUAGUGAAAUUCUAAAGCUAAACUGAGAUCAGCAGCAAAAUGGCGUGGGGGAAAGGAUUAAGGCUGCGCAUCACUGGAUUGCCUCUGAUUCAACCAUAUUUAAACUAUGUCAUGGAAAAUAAGUAGGCAUUGUAUCUGUAGUUUUAAUUCAUUACUGAAACAGGGAUGAAUAAAACCCUUUAUAUGAGCAUGCCUGUCCGCUUCAGAGCAACGCUUACAGGAUGAAUUCAUGUAAUGGUUAAUGCAUGACAAGCUUGCUGCGGGCCUCCUUUCCUUUCCAUUGACAAAUACUAUGCUAAGAGACUUGGAGUGUGUUGAUGGUGUGUAUUUAUUGAUUACAUUUUUAUCUUGCUGUCCCUGCUAUGAGCUCAGCACUGUGUGUGCUGCUCCCUCCUCCUCCUCCCAGUCUUCCUAUGCUGUGUUGAAAGGUAGCCCAAAGUGCUUCCAAAUGAAUUGUGCAUUUGAACAUGGGCACCUUUGAACCUAGUACAACAAGAACUGGCAACACAGGCAGGCAACCAGUCAGGUCUCGAAAAUCCCAAAUGCACUCUGUGUGUGUGUGUGUGUGAGAGAGAGAGAGUUGGGCGGUGAUGUUCCUCAAAUUUCUGUUUCUUUUGUCAAGGAAAUUUGCAUGGCUGUGCGCAAGAUAGUGCUUAAAAAUCUGGUGACAAAGAAAUGACUCGAUGGAUGCAAGAAGCAGUUUUGUUAAGCAUGGCACAUUCUUUGUCCAGGGAAAUAUAUAUACCUUUUUAAAUAUAUACAGUAUGCUUUCCUUUUUUAUUGCUCCUAAAGGGAGGCACUGAUAAGGAAAAGCUUGCCUUCUACAAUGCAUUUUGGAGCAAGUAAAAAAAAGGAACAUUAGAAUAUAUAUUUCUGUGACAAAGAGCUAAACCGGAACUGGGAAACCUGUGAGCUUCCAGAUGUUGCUGGACUCCAGCUCCCAUCAGCCCCAGUCAGCAUGGUCAGUGGUCAAGGAUGAUGGAAGUUAUAUUCCAACAGCAUAUGGAGGGCCACAGGUUUCCACCCAAGAGCUAAACUCAAGAAGGGCUGUUUUUUAGGAUAAAAAACUGCUUGCUUCAGCAUUUGAAUCAUUCCCUUUGCCUCUGGAUAUCCAGUGCCAGUGGCCCCAGAAUUUGAGGCUGGUGCCUUGACAUUUUGAAUUACUUGGCCUAUAAGCAAUCAAGUGAUGGCUUCUGUUAUCAUGUGAGAAUUAUGGUCAUUUGAGUUCUUUGAAUGUCUUCCCCUUUUGUUUGCUAAAAUCUGAGUUAUCAUUUUCACGAGGCUGUUCUUUUUUAAGCCUUCCUCCCGCCCCGCCCCCCACUUGUUCCUAGCUUUGACACCAGCAUAUGGUUUGAUCAACUAGUAACUGGCCCCAAAGAUGGAGAUAUGGUGCCAAAUUGGAAAGGGAUUCAAAAGGAAGAAAAUUAUCCACUUGGUUCUUUCCCAUGACCAGUGGGCUUUGUUGCACCUAAAAGACCAGCUGCCCUAAUUGCUUUUCAUUUCCCCUUCUAAAGAACUGCUGAAACAUGUGAUCGGGUUGCCAGCAUCCUGGCUUGACCUGCUCCUGUGUCGUUAACAGCAGGCUGGUCUAAAGAAAUUGGUAGCUUUUCAUUGCAUGGGCAUGGCACGGAGCAUAUUGCCAUCUGCUAAUGAUCUGUAUCAGCCUUCCCUAGUCCAGCUGUGCUGCCUAGAGAUAAUGGAGGGCACCAGGUGGAGAAGGAUGAUAUAGACCAACCUUAAAGGUGAAGGUGCAAUGGCUGAUCAAAUGUUUACAUUUCUAACUGGUAGUAGACCAGGUUAUUUACAAUCCACAUUAUUCAGGACUGUGCACUUAAGCAGGAGCUGGAGCCAGUCUCACCUUGGAGUAUACCUUCAUGUUGGAUGUUUCUGCAAAUGUUUCUUGCAUAAACACUUUACACUUGUAGGUGCAUAAUGCUAAAAACUUUAUUGUGCACCUUAAAACGUAAUUGUGAAGUGGCCUCCUUGGAUAGGGCAUGCCAUCAGACAAAGGACAGGCUUUUGAUAACAAGAAUGCCCUAAAAAGUAUACAACUUUGGAAUCCAUUUUUGAGAACAAAUACUGGAAUGUUCUGCCUCCCUUUUCCAGCCAAAGUGGCUAAUGAGCUGACCCAUUUUGCCAGCUGUUACAUCAAUGAUCCCACUGGAGAUUAUCUGUGCUGGAAUGCUUUUCCCCUAUUCUGUAAAUUGGUGCAGUGAGGAAUGAGAGAUUUUUUGAUGCAAGAAGAAAACCAUUAAGUUCCAGCAGUGCGCAUUUGCUACUCUGGGUAGCUGGGCUGGAUGAGGGAGGAAGAAGAACAUGCACUUGGUUGAUCUCUUACCCUCCUCCCAAAACACUGCAUCAGCAAGCACAGCAAUCCUGUUUGUAAAUCGCAAUUUUCAACCUAAAAUUCAGGAAUCACAUAUCCCAUAGUGUUGGCCCAUCAUCUGCAUGCCAGAUGUUCUUCCUCUUGGCAUAAAGGUAGAGUAUGUAAGUAGGACCUCUCCAAGCUCCCCGAUAGUGCCAGCCUAUGAAUCUCUUUGAGAAACUAUUGUGCUUACAAGUACUGGUGAAUGCAGGAAGUUGGACUGGAUUGAACAGCUAAGGAAUGGUCACACCUAGGCCAGUGUUUUGCAUUACUUUUUAUUAUACUGGAGGACUUCUCUUAAAUCAUUCCCAGAGAUUUGCAGCAUUGUUGGAAACGAUAAUAUGUAAAAAGUUUCCACAGUGACAUUUUUAAGCAUAGGAGUGAUUAUAACUUGGACAGUAGCUCCUGCUAACUUGUGUUCAGUAUGAAGUUAAAUCACUCUGAGUGCUCUUCCAUUACUCCAAAGGUGACUUCAUAGAGUAGAAACUCAAUGCCUGUGUGAGUGUUUACAUGAGGGGUGGGAUUCUGUGGCCUUCCAGAUGUUGCUAGACUCUAAAUCCCAUCUUCCAUGACAGUUCCCCACCCCACCCCACCCCGGUUUUCAAAUUAAUUUAUCUUGAGACCAUCAUUGCAAGGUCACUGGACAUCAGAGACGGGAGUAUAUUACAUGCAAGGAAGGGAUGUCCUUGAUUAGUCUUCUUUUUCCUCCCUUCUGUUUCACUUCAGAAUAAUUGCACCCCCAACCCAUCAUGGGAUGGGUUAUUGAAGUAUACUCAAGCAUGUACGCCUGUCAGGAACUGUUAGGAAGCAUGUUAGAAGGCUGUGGAAAACGGGACUCAGAUGGUGGAGUUGUUGAUAUUCGCUAAUUGUUCCACUGAACUCUUACUCCUAGAUAAGUGUGCACAAUUGUAGGUUCAAUAACUGUAUAUUUGGGGCUUCUUGGUAUUGCUGAAAACCCCUUUUCAGAUUUCUCAAUAUAAAUGGUUGUGUGGGAGCUUAGGAAUGCAGAAGUCUUUCUGGAAUUCCGCUUUUACAGUCAGUCAUUGGAGUUCAUGGGAAGGGUACAUUGUUGUCUUCUUAUGUGAGUCACUCCUAUGAUUUGAACCAUCAUUGGGUAGGUUUAUACAUGUGCUUAUUUGUUGAAAAGUCAUGGCUCUGCUGAGAAUGCAGGAGUCCAGUGGACCAUUUUGAGUUGGGAGACUAUGGACAAGCUCCCACAAAUAUUAGACUUGUUUCUUCUCUCUGCCUCUUCAGAGUUCAGGUAAGGCUGGCCUAAUUGAAUAUGCUCCAGAAAUCUUUCCCAAACACAGAAAACUGGAUGUUCAGGGGGAAAGGUUUUAGUCUAGUGUACUCCCAAGCGUGCUAGUUUGUAUAUACAGAAAAGUAUUUUGAUUCAUGUUCUUAUUAACAGAUUUUGGCUUUUCACUUGUACUUGUCACAGUGCUAAAGAGUCUUACAAAUGCCUAUCAAUUUCCAUAUGGGCAGCAAGAAUGAGGGCUACAAGAUCUUACGAAGGAAACAUAUAAUCUUUUCUGGGAAGAUGCCCAGGACAGAUGGUCUAGGAAUGGUUUGACCCAUUCUUUUUUUGUUAAUUUAUUGGUAUAGAAUUGAGAAACUGCCUUCCAGGUCCACAAUGUGUGUUAUUUGCAGUUCCAUGAGCAUAUUAGGAAAUGCAACUUAAACUCCACUAUAAGAAGACUGAAAUGUCAACAAUGAAUCAACUUUGUUCAGUGAUUAAACAGGCUUUAAUUAUCCUUGUGUGUCAAAUAGAGGUCCAGAACUCAGGUUAUAUAGCAUGCCCAGUGUCUGCUUCACAUGCUUCUUGUAAACUAUCCAUGUUUCCACAGGACAGACUAAGAAAGCUGUUGUAAAUACUGGAAACCAAGGCAAUUCAUGUGAAGUGUGUGGCAUUAAUUUCCAAAAUAUUUUCGACCAUUUCAUUCUUGUAAGUUGCCUUGAGGUCUUUUUUUAGAUAGGUGGGCUAUCCUUUUUUUUUCUUCCUUUUUUGAAUAAAUAAGUAAUAUAAAAUAAGACUUGAUUGGCAUGAGCAGUGAAAAUCUGCACUCAUGAAAGUAACUUCUGUGCCGAAUGUCUUUUAAUGAGCGAUGUUACGAAAAUGCUAAUUACGCAUAUGUUGCCCUAUUUUUCUAAUUGCACCUGUUUUCAACAUUGGUUUGCUCUUCAAAAGUUAGCCAGAGGGAGUGCAGAGAUUAGUACAGAAAAGGGGGGGGGGGCUGGGAGUGGAAUCCCACCCGAUUUGAGUGGAUAAGGGCCAUCUCUUGAAAAAGACUUUCAAAGAUGCUUUUGGGCCCCAAAGCAGACAAGGUAUCUCCACCCACCCACAGUGGGCAACACCUUAACAGGGCAGUCUGUGGAGAUGUUGUCCCCCGUUCCAAACUGAUGUUCUGGCUGUAGGAAAUUGCCUGGGCAGCAGAGAGAACCAGGCUAUGCCUGAAAUAGUAAGAAACCUGGUCAGUGUCUGCCGGGGCUCUAAGGUAUAGCUGUUGCCUGGCAUCUGUGCGGUUGCUGUGGAAACACAAGGCACUAACUUGUUAAUAGGACUCGUAUCCUUGCUUGCCACUACGGCAAAAAUAUGAAUAAUGAUUUGGUAAUAGUCAUGUGAUGUAGGGAUUCCUUGUGUGGCAUGGGGUGGGUGCUAGAGUGAGGCUUGCUAAGCACUUAAGCACUUGAAAGAAGAAGGGGUGGGUGAAAGGGAGGGAGGUAGGGAGAGAUUUUAGCUACAGUGCCAGAAUUUACAUCUUAAUAAGACUGUAGGUAGCUGCCCAGCUUAAGCCAUCCUGCCAGCAUUUCAGGUUCUAAGCUGACAGUUACUUGCCUUAGUAAUCCUUCCGGCAGAUAAUAAACUGCCAUGCCUGAAGACUGAACCAAGAAUUACUUUCUGUCAACCCCUUGCCCUGCACAUAUUUUAUUCUGAAGGCUUGCACACACUGUUACCCUUUACCCUUUAAUUGCUGUACCAGGAAGCAAGUGCUACAUGUAGCUCUCUACAUAAUGGCAGCCCUGUCUCCAAGCGGUGGCUACAGAAGAUUCACUAAACAGCAGCUGGAAGCCCCAGGGCUAUAUCUGGCCUCUUACUUGCCAGACUAGAAGCAAAUGGGGUAUGGAGAAAAUAGCUGGGGAUUCACUCAGACCAUCUCACUAUGUGUUUAGUGGCUGUGUGAACAGGCUUUACAUGCAAAUAGAUGUAGAUCAUGGGUAGGCAAACCAAGGCCCGGGGGCCGGAUCCGGCCCAAUCGCCUUCUCAGUCCGGCCCGUGGAUGGUCCAGGAAUCAGCAUGUUUUUACAUGAGUAGAAUGUGUCCUUUUAUUUAAAAUGCAUCUCUGGGUUAUUUGUGGGGCAUAGGAAUUUGUUCAUUCCCCCCCCAAAAAAAAAAUAUUGUCUGGCCCCCACAAGGUCUGAGGGACAGUGGACUGGCCCCCUGCUGAAAAAGUUUGCUGACCCCUGAUGUAGAUCCUGAAUGUCCCACGAUACCCCCCCUCCACAUGCUCCACCAUGGAGGAGCACAUAUUCUACAUUGCAGUGUGCCUGCAAUUGUGCUGCAGCAUUCUGUGCUAACCAGUUUCAGCUACAAAAAGAGCCUCCUGUCCAGUACUGUACAUGCAGUAAUUUAUUUGUGUAGUUAGCAACACUUGAACGAAAAGCUAAUCCUGGUCCAGCAAUGGUCAUAGCUCUUAUAUUGGCCAAAACUGGUGAAGGGGCUGCAGAGGCUAUCUGGGCCUCCAGUAAUGUAGCUGGUUGCAGGAGCACCUCCAGAUUUUGUGUCUUCUCUUUCAGAGAGGCUGUAACUUCAUUAAAGGCUGACAGUUGGCCAGCUUCUCAGACACAGAAACCACUCGCCCACAGAGCCUGUCUUGCCAAGAUUCUAGCUCGUUUCCCCUCAUUCAUUCCACCGCUCCAUCCAGGUAUGCAUCCAGGACCUGCAUGGCAUCUUGCUUCAGACAGAGAAAUAGAGCUGAGGGUCACCAGCAUACUUUUGGUAGCUUGUGUUAAGUCUCCUAAUGGCCACAAAUAGCACUGGGCAUAAAGUAGGGCUCCAUAGCUUAAUUGCUUGGGGACCAGAAAGCGCUGUCCCAAUGCUACUGACUGUGCUUGGCCCAGCGGAUAGGACUGGAACCACUGUAACACGGUGCCCCUGAUGCCCAUCCCACAGAGCUAAUACAGGAGGAUACCAUGGUCAAUAGUAUCGAAAGCCACCGAGUGAUUGAGAAGAAGGAGCAAGUUCACACUCCCCUUGUCCCAUUCUUGAUAAUGGUCAUCCAUCGGGGCAACCAAGAGCAAUUGGGUCCCAUGGCUAGGCCUGAAACCAGAUUGGAAUGGGUCUAGAUCAGGGUUAGGGAACAGGAUCUGGCCAGCUGGCAGGCUAGUCGCUCAGGUCCCUCAGCCCCUUGGUGCUGAUUGCAAACUCUGCUUUGGAAGGCGUUGGCUGCAUUUAGGCAUGGCUUGCAUCUGGUGCCCAAUUUAAAAGGUGCUGAAUGCAAGCCCUGCUUGUCAAGGAAUUAUUAGAAGUACACUUUAAGGUUUCUGAUUUGUUCUUUCUCAGCCAUGGUUUUACUAGCACCGCAUCUGAUGCCUUGUACGGUGUUGGGUGUGGACAGGUUCGCAUGGCUUAGGGAAAAAUAAGGGCACAUAGGCUGGAAGUUUUGGCACAUAGGCCGGAAGUUUGCCAUGCCUGCUUUAGAUUAGGCAGGCAUGUCCAAUGUCCUAAUGGGGCCCAUCGGUCAAUUCAGUCCAGACCCUGUGGCAGUAUAUGUCCUGGGGUAAAAUCCUAAAAAAAAGCCCAGCAACUUCAAUCCUAAAAAAAUAUCAACCAUAAACUUCAAUCCUAAAAAAAGCUCAAUGACUUUGGUCAGCCCUCACGCAUGUUUACUUCAUCAGAUCUGACCCUCUUUGAAAAAAGUUUGGGCACCCCUGCUCUAAGGAUUCCUGAAGUUUCAUUCAAGGAGCUUAGUGCUCUCUUGGCAUGACUCCACUGUAUCUUCUCCUCCCUUCACUACAGGAAUCUGCAUGUUGUCCUCAGGCAGCCUGUAGUUACCCUAAUACCAAUGUUAAGCUGCCUGUCUUGUCCCAAAGCUGCAGCUUGGCACUGCACCUCCUCCUUUAAUAUUUUCAUUCAGGUUAACCCUGUGCCCAUCUCCUCACUAAAGUCAUUCAAGAGAGAUGUGGGAUUAAAGGAUUAUGAUAAUGGUCUUCAGGAGCACUCAAGAAGAUUACAGUGGCUUUGAUAAACUGAUAAAAGAGGGGCAUCAUAUUAACCUUCCCCCACCUUUAAGAAUUAGUAGCCUGUGGUCAUUGUAUUGAGGUAAUAAGGUAUACCUAAUUCCUUAAUUUUACCUCCUCUUCAUAAAAUGCCUAGACUUGCAGCUUGCUCACAUGAAUCCCCUCUGAAGUUUGUAAGAUUGUUGCUGGGUUAAUGAGGAAGGUCUAUUUGUGUUAACUGGUAUCUUAAGAACAUAAAAACCCUACUGGGUCAAGCCAAAGGCCCAUCUUGUCCACUAUCCUGUUCUCACAGUGGCCAAACCGAUGCCCAUGGGAAAGCAGCAAGCAGGACCUGAGUAAAACAGCACAUUCCCCACUUGUGAUUCCCACUAACUGGUGUUCAGAGACACAUUGCCUCUGACAGUGGAGGCAGGACAUUGCCAAGAAGAUUGUUUUCUUGUUGGGAGCUUAUGCAUUUGGUUUAACAGUUUUUGUGAUGUAAGGCCUUUGGUCCUUAACUUGAAGAGUUUUAGGUAUUUGUGGCCUCCAGUGGGAUAAGAUGUUUUAGACCUGCCCCUUAUAUGAAUGGAUGUGAUUUUAGUUUUCUCUUCUCUUUUGGGGGUUUUAAAUAUUUGGUUUUAAUGUUUAUACUAUUCUGUAAGUCACUUUUAGCCACUUUUUGUGAGAAUAAAUACAAUAAAAAAGAGUAUUGUGGUUGUAUCAUUUAAUAUAAAUAGUGCCUCCAUGUGAGCCCAUUAGCAGACUCUGCACAGACUUGAACCAAUGCCUAUCUGAACUGGACCUCAGAAGACAUCCUUUUUCCAAGGCCAGGUAGUGCUUCCUGGUAAUAUUCUUUUUAAAAAGCUGUGAGAGAGAGACAAUGAAUAACACAGAGCUUGAAAAAUUGUAAAUUUUGCUAGCUUAUUAAAUUGGGGGUGGGUUCAGACUAAAUUAUAUUUUUUAAUUCAGCUGUGCCAGAGUCAAGUCAAAUAUUUUCCCCCUCCCUGCUGGUUCCCAAGAAGAUAUUGUUUUCCUUUGCUUUGGCAGCCUGAUAAAGAAAUAGGCUAAACAUUUUCAGAUUCUUCCCUGGAAAUUUUGUUAUUUUAAAAUUAAUAAUUAAGAGGGUUUUUUAAUAACUUGGUUGCAGUCAUGUUGCUGCCACUCUUCCCAGCAGCUGACCACCGCAAGUCAGAUUCAGCCAACCAGUCAUAUCCUGUGGCCUGCUUGUAGUUGACAAAUCUCUCUCCUUUUCCUUUCCUUUCCUUUCCAAGAGGUGUAUUGAACCUGUGGCAGGCCUUGACGCAUGGCUAGUGGGCUGCAUCCUGCUUGAUGUGGGCCUGCUUUUGACUCACUUCUUCACUAGGAUGGUUUUUGCUGGCAAUUGCUCCUGGGAUGAGGAGUUCCUCUGGGGGUGCAACCCAACCCCUCUCAAGUUAACACUUUCCCCCUUAUUUGGGGAUGUGUGCAUUUCCUAUGUCUUGUAACUCAUGAUUUCCACUUCCAGUUUGCUUUCACUGCUUUUGUGCUUUUUUGACAUGUCCUUUUUCUUUCUUUCUUGGGGCUGGCUUUGUAUAGUUUUUUGCAGGUAAAUGACCACAUUCCCCUGGGAGAAAAUAGUGAGGUUGGGGGAGGGCACAUACAGGAGGCUCAAACAGAAAGUAGAUGGGAGCAAGAACCAAAAAUGGGCAGGAGCGCCCAUCUUUCUGUCACCUCUCUCCAUCCUUGUCUUUCCCCUUCAUUCAUCCACACCUCCCCUUUCACUCAGUCUGUCCAUCCCUUCACAUCCCCCCCAUUUACAUUCCUCCACACACCCUCCCUGUUUACAUGCAUCCUUCCUCUAAUUAGGGAGAGAGAAUUAUCCAGAAACCACAGCACGUCUGACAAGAAACGCCUGACUGCCUGCCCUUCUCUCCCUUUCUCUCCUUGCUGUGAUCCAGUGGGGCAGGAGAGAGGAAGGGCAGGGGAUUGCUGGAGGCAAGCAGGCACUUCUCCAGGCGUGACAGCUCUGAGAUCCCCCCCCCCGCCUCUAUGCUGGCCAUCCUAAGAGAAACCUUUUCCAUGUUCCAUGUUGCCUGCUUGCAUCUCUCUCUCCUUUUCUCCUUGCAGCUGCAGUUUGAUCACGGCUGGGGAAAUAAGGGAGAAGAGAGCGUGGCAGGAAUCAGGCACGGCCAUGGGGCUGGAGGCUUGACCACAGAGUGCAGUGACUAGAGUGCCCUGUGGAAAGUUGCUCCAGGCUGGCUGGGCCUCUGCCCUCACCCAGGAGGGGCCUGCCUGCCUACCUGCAGUUGUCUCCCUUUCUCUGUCUGUUCUUUAGUUCAGUUUGUACUUGUGCUGCUAGAGGACAGGAAGGGCAGAGGAGAGAGAAACAGGGUGGGGGUAGCGCAGGGCCAACCGGAAGCGGCUGGCAGGCCUUAUGGAAAGGGCCUUUGGGGGCCAGGGCUAUGUCACAGGCCACCACAAACCUUUUUCAUCAAUGAAGGCUGGCUCAGUUGCUAUUCAACCCUCACAUGGAUUUAUUUCUUCACUGCAGUUAAGCAUACACAAGGCACCUGAAAACCGUGUUUCUUUGAGCAGCUGUGAUAAAGUUUUGUGGGUUUCUGUUUUGUUUUUAAAUCUCCAAGUCCUCUUUUGAGUUGUGAUUUGAAAGUCCUGGGCAUUUGUCUUUCUUCAUAGCCUUGAGUAUGGAAGGACUCCAUUUCUGUUACCUUGUCCUCAAUCUUUGGCCAGCCUUCUCUAUUGGACCACUCCUCCGUUUCGUUCUGAUCUCUCUCUCUCUCUCUCUCUCUCUCGUCCCUUUGUCUGUAUUAUCUCUGUCUCUUUAAUGAGAGCCUCUUUGUCUAUCUGCUUCAAUUAAUCUCCUGGCUGGAAUUUGGAGAAAUGGAGAGAAAUGUGCAGCUAGCUUUCCCCCACCAGUGGAGAGAGAUGGGUUAAAAUCAGGAGAGGAAUGUAGGGGGAGAAAGCCAAUUAAUUUGCAUCCUUUCUGAUUACCUUCAGUUCUGUAGCUCAGGUACAGCAGGGGACCCUCAGCAAGGCGGAAAGUGCAUAAUGAAGUGUGUCAUAACGGUAGCAGGAGCCUCUGUCUUCCCCCUCAGACCCUUCUUAAUUAGGGCUGUUUCAGUUUUAAAAGCCUGCCCUGAAGUGCAAAAGAAAAUCUAAUUGUGGAGCCUGAGAGAGAAAGAGAGAGAAUAUAUAUACAUACAUAUUGAACUGAACCUGAUGGUGCAGAGGGGUUGUAUGCCAGCCAACUGCCAAAGCAACUGCAGUAAUUGGUAUCUUUGGCCAAACCUACGGAUAAAUAAAUAAAUAACAAAUACUGAGGAGUUGGGGCAUGGGAAAAGAUUUAAGCAGAAAGAGUUUAUUUUCUUGCCUUGGCUUCUAGUAUAGUUUUCAAUGUUUCUUCUACAAGGAAAAAAUGAAGACAAUACUAUGCUCUCCAUGAUUUAAGGAUUACUGGGCCAUCGUCCCCUUGAAUCAAUGUACAUAGACAGAGUUUUCAGUUCAGCAUCUUCAGGCAGAGCAGACUGUGAGUAAAUCAGAACAAAAUCCUAUGCAUGUCUGCACAGGAAUAAGCUCUAUUAAAUUCAGUGGGACUUACUCUUAAGCCUUAAGUCUGAGGUAAAUAUGGAAGGAGGAAGGUUCAAAUGGGAUCUAUGCUGAUUGGAUUACAAACUGGGCCUGCAGUUUUUGUAUUUGUUUUUUAAAAAAACAAAUCAUAGGGAGCGUGGCAAUUGAUCAGAAAUGUAAAGAAAGCGGGAAAUGUGUUUUCUUCUCUUUUAAUUUGUUGUUUAAAUGAUGAGCUGGAAAUGGUUUACUUUUUGUGAUGGUUUUCUAAAUAAUUGGCAAAUUAAGCCACGCCAGGUAAGAUUUUCAAGUGGUUAGUUGCAACUUGCUAGAUUUAAGUUAUAAGGGUGAAUACAGAUAUUGAUUUCUUUACAGAGAAAUUUCACUAUGAAGUGAGAAAUUUCUGUAUAUCGCCUCUGUUUUAUUCUCCCUCACCCCAGUAAACCUUUAUAUGCAAAAUAGUUGUACAAAUUAGUAUUUCUUCCAGUGUAAACUUAAACAGUACGUCCCCCACCCUGUGGUUUUCAUGACCUAUGUCAAUGACUUUUAGAGUUUCUACUAACAGGGACCCCUUCCCAACAGUGAGUUGUCUGCUGAGAAACCAUAGCACAUCACUCUCUAGUCCAGAGCAUAUGGUGGCCAUGCCUGCUGGGUCUUGUACCUUUGGCAUGUGAAUUAAUAGAGUGAUCUAGAGCAUAUUGACUUGCAGCUACGUCUUACAGGGUUUGAUCCAUAAUGGUGAGCGUGCUUUCUUUGGUAGCUUCACCAUUACAAACCUUCUUUUUGAAUGGCUCAUGAUGGGUUUAGAGAAGGGGAGAUAAUCUGUGGUCUGCCAGAUGGUGUUGAACUACAGCUCCCAACAUCCCUGAUAAUUGACUCUGCUACCUGGCAGUCAUGGGAAUUGGAGUACAAUAGCAUCUGGAAGACCACAGGUUCCCUUUGGUGUAGAGGAAUCCCAGGCUCCCUGGAACAUACUUUGAGAACCCUUCUCCUACACAGAACAGAGUGGGAUUGAAGACCAGUGAAGCAUCCAGAAAAGUUGAGGUCUUUUUUCUUUUUCUUUAGUUGUGCGUGAUGUACAGAUGAUACACUGAUGCUCAGCAUCAAGGUUAAAAGCCCCAGGCUGUAUCAUUUCCAGGCUGCCAUCUAUAAUUUCAGGGUUUUCUUUCUCUGGAUGGCUGAUCCAUUAAGCCAUUCAAUGCACUGUGGUGCCUGCUUUAAAAGGGAUGGGAAACAUAUGGCUCUUCAGAUGUUUUUUGACUCGCAGCUUCCAUCAUCCCCAGCCAACAUGGCCAACGGUCAGGAAUGAUGGAAGCUGUUGUUCAGCAACAUCUGGUGGAGCCACCUCUGUUAUAGAACUCUAUGUAGCUUUUGUCAAACCUAAGCUAGGUAAUGGUAAAGGUACCCCUGACCGUAAGGGGUUGCACACUAAUCUUCCUCUAUAGGCCGAGGGAGCCGGCAUUUCUACACAGACAGCUUCCGGGUCAUGUGGCCUUCCGAUCGGCAAGCCCCAGCCUCUGUGGUUUAGACCACAGUGCCACCCGCGUCCCACCUAAAUAUGUCUAAGCUAGAGAAGAGCAAAAUAGUUUGGUAUAUGAUACUUACAGCAUCUGACUACAUUUUCCACCUUUCUCUUUUCUCUGUCUGUCUGUCUGUCUGUCUCUGUACUUCUCAACAGGUUUGGCACAAUGACUUGCUAUACAGGGCCUUAGCAACGUGGCAAAAAUUGGCUGUUUUCAAGCUGCCUCCCCCCUUCCCCCUGCCCCCUUCGCUUCUGGGAGAUCUGAGCUGGCUUCCCCUGCCCUGGGCAUUCCUUCCCUUCUCCCACUUGCUGCGGAAGGGACAAGUCUACCAUGGCUGGGGACAGACUUCCACGCAAAGUGAUGGAUCCCAAGAAGCUUGCCAGCCUCUUGAGGAGUGGGUCCGAAAGCAUGCUGGUCAUUGACAGCCGCUCCUUUGUGGAGUACAACUCGUGGCAUGUCCUCAGCUCCGUCAACAUCUGCUGCUCCAAGCUGGUCAAGAGAAGGCUUCAGCAAGACAAAGUAUCCAUCACAGAGCUCAUCCAGCCAGCCUCCAAUAUCAAGGUACUUAAGCUUGGUGCCAUUGGUCACCCUUCAAUCCUGCUGUGACUCAGUGCUCCUGUCUAGCCUCAAAGGGCAGUUGACAUAUGAAGCAAUGUAAUAAAUGAUCUGCUAAUGCUGUUGUACUAAGUUGGGACAUAGGCUACCUAGUGGUCCUAUUAGAGACCUUUUCAUUUACAAAUAUGCAGCAGCCCAGGUUGCAGUUCAAAAGGAAGGCCAGUGCAGAACCAGCAAAGAGGAGCUUCUUAAUCCUCUCCCCAUGUGCUGUUUUUCUACUGAAAGUUGCCCCACACCAGAUGCUUUUAUCCUUAUUGGAGAAAUAUGAGUAUGAAUCAGAAAGGGUUAAGAAACUGCUCUCCUCCAUUGCCUGUCUUCUGCUUCCAUCAUGGCUGCAUAAUUCCCGAUUCCAUUGUGGUAAAAAAAAACUCACACAAAAUUCAUACACAAAGAGAAUACUGAGAUUACACAAAAUGUGUAGUUCUGCCUUUAGACCAAAACUGUUUUGGGCAUAGUGGGGACCAAAUAGAGUUAACACAAGCAUAGUAGUAACAAACAUAUAAGGCUGCACAAACACUGAGAAUGCUGCUUGCAGAUCUGAUUGCUGCAUAUAUUCACCCGCAAUGCAAAAGUGUUUUAAGAUUGGUUCUACACAAGCUCUUUUCUCUGAAAUUACUUACUUUUUUUUGCUUUGCUGUAUAAAAAUGAAACCAGAGCGGGGAAUAAGAGAAAAUAUAAUUAACCCCUCAUCAAAACAGAAAAUUACAAUAAGGAACAAUGAAGAGAGGCUGUUCAAGGGGUGAUUAGAGGGCUGUGCAUAAUUAAUCCCCAGGAUACUCAAUGGUCAGCAAUAAAACAGGCUGAACCUGCAAACAGGAAGUUUUUAAUUAACAUUGAAAAGAGACCUUUGCUGAAUAGGGCUUACUAUUAAGUAAACAUUGUGAAAGGCUCUUGGCCGUGAAAUAGCACAUUGCCUGAUAAUAAAGCACUAUUUAAGUGCUAUGAGGAAACGUUUUAAAUUUUGUUUCCAGAGGAUCACUAAAAAAACACACCAAACUCCACAGCAUUAAAAAUAUUUGUGUGUGGAAGAAACCUUAGAGUGUCUGUAAUACAGGCAGUGUUUCCUCUAUUCAUUCAUUGAACUUAGUUCUGUGUCUCUCUGAACUCAGUUGCCUGAUGCAUAAUCUGUCCUCAAGAGCCAUGGGUUAGCAGGGAUAAUCCUUUGAAGUAGGAUUUAUGUCAAUGAAAAUAAUUGCAUGCAGAGCAAAUUGUGUGCAGAAGGGAGGAAGGAGCAGCGUUGUGCUACUGACGAGCCAUCAUCCUUGAUCCUUUUUCCUUACAAAGGGCAGUGAAUGACACAGAGGUGGUAUAACUCUGCAUGCCCAUUUGGCACGGUCUGUCUUCUGCUUGCACUAUGAGAUCUAAAAAUAGGUGUAAGUGCAAGGCUUCGCCAUGCUGCCCUAUAGCAAAGGCAAGCUGGGAUGCUUAUUCAUACAGCCGAGGAGAAGACAGGUGAAAGGGUAAAGGAAGGAAAUUUUAUAAAAAUGUGUGGUUUUGCUCCAUCCAGGGAAUUUAGUCUCAAUGGUGCUUACUCCCAAGGAAGUACAGUGGUACCUCAGGUUAAGUACUUAAUUCAUUCCAGAAGUCCGUUCUUAACCUGAAACUUUUCUUAAGCUGAAGCACCACUUUAACUAAUGGGGCCUUCUGCUGCUGCUGUGCAGCCGGAGCAUGAUGUCUGUUCUCAUCCUGAAACAAAGUUCUUAACCCGAGGUACUAUUUCUGGGUUAGUGGAGUCUGUAACCUGAAGCGUAUGUAACCUGAAGCGUAUGUAACCCGAGGUACCACUUAUGUGACAGCAAAUCCCUCUGCAUUCAGUAGGCUUUCCUCACAGGUAAGUGUGUAUUGUAUUGCAGGCUUCUGGUUGCCAGCAUCUUUUAUAUCGGUCAUGCUUAUUUGCCAUUGGCGUGUAGAAAUUAAGCAGGUUAAGCUGCACGUCAGGCUGAAGAGCACAGCUAACAGCAACAACAAAGAGAGUGGCAACCCUUGUCAGGUAUGCCUCACUCUUUUUGACAUGAUGGGUUUUAAAUCCUUGCUACCAGCCUUACAAAACAGAAAAGCAAGGAGGCAAGCUUUUAUCUCAUGACGUAUAGACCUUGUUGUCUCCCACACAGCCUGCUGCCCUUCUUCCGAAGAGCCCAGGUACAGUCUAUUUAGUUCAGCAGCCAUCCUUUCACAAUAGACCCUCCCCUCCGGCUCUCUAUUUGUGGGUAGCCCUCAGCAGCUGGAUUGCUUUUUAGUGUUUGUUCUUGCUUUCCCUUCCCCCAUUUUAUUAUUUUGUAGCAAAGAAUGGUAAUUCAAGCGAUUAAUCAAAUGCUAGGCCCAGCUGGAGCCAUCUGUGGAGUCCUCAUAAUCUCCCUCCUCCCCUUGCAUGUGUGCACACGGCUCAUUGCAAUUGGCUAGCAGUGACAUCACCCCUGCUUGGAUGUGGGGGGCGUGGAGUGUGUGAGGGGGAAAAAUACUUCUUGCCUCCAGUCUGCUUUACUGACGCUUCAAGGGAAGGUUACAGAGAAUGGUUCCUGAAUGGCUUUUUAAAGCACUACGAAGAACACUGGAUAAAAUACAGCAUUAUCUAUUUUUGUUCUUAACUGCUUAGGAAGCUGUAGGGGUGAGGGGGGGGGUGUCUGUCACUGCUGCCAUGCUUAAAAGCUAAACGCAAUUCUGAGAGAGCUUCUUGACCUAGAAUAACUUGCUAGCUAUUCCCAAAUACUGUACAGGGAAAUUGACUUGCCAUUUGGUAACUGUUGCAAGGAGAGCAAGAAAUGAGUUAAGGAGCUGCUCUCAAAUGAGACAGCUCAGAAGGCAUCUGCAGACAUACCUGUAUUCCAUGAUUCUGUAUUCCAUGCAGGUACCACAUAAGCAUGGGCAGUGUCUUGAGAACCUUAGCUCUGCACUUAAAGAAACCCAAACCCCAAACAAACCUACAACGGGUUUUGAGCUCUUUUGAUUACACACGAUAGGCUUUCAAUGUGCAUGUGACCUGGUCAAAGGUAUAUGUUGACUUGGAUUUUUAGUGAUCAUUGUAGAAAGGCAGAAAAAAUGGUAUGAUAAGCCAAAGUUACACACAUUUCUUCAUUUAGAUCCUUCAUGCAUGUUGAAGAACUGGACUCUUUGGGAGCCAGAUUUUGGGUUACAUACGUGUAGAAGUUUGAUCUUGCUUUUAUUUUUUAGUGGAGGGUGGCCCAAACACCCAGACAAUUAGUUGGUGAUUGUGGAAUGAAUGCAAGCUUCUUCUCUCCCUGCUUUCCAAAGGUGAAGAGUUGGAGUUGGGGGCCUGAUUUAAAUCAGGACCACUGUGCAAAACAACACCUCUCCUAUACCUUAUGUCAUGUGAUCCAGAUUGGGCCUCCCAAAGCUGCCAUUUAUUUUAAAAAAUCCAUUCACACAAUUGCUAACUGUGUGAUGGCUAUCUCAUCUAUAGAGUUUGGCCCUAAAUCUUCUCCCCAGAAAUUAUUUUUGCCAGUUAAAAUUUUUAACUAGAUGGUUUAAGAAAAAAUAACUUGUUGAAAGGCAUUUUUUUUUAAUUUAAAAAUAUUUCUGUUUUUGCUUUAUGGUUUUAAACUGCUGCAGUUUACAGGUUUUGAUUUCAUAUAACUACUAAAAUAGCAAAUAUGAAUAUCUAUAAGGGAAAGAACUGGAGUUAAAAUGCAACAACAGUAAAGGAACUUGGGGGAAUUUUCAUGGUGACUUUCACAGGAACAAAACAUUUAUUGAUUCAAAUGAUGUAAUCAAAAACUUGCACAGGUCUUUUGUAUUCAUCAUGCUAGAUUUCUCAGUGUAAAUAAUAGUACUGCAUCUGUUGUAUUGUUGAUCAUUGUGUGUAGAUAUGGAUUUACAGUGCUUGAUUCGUAGAUAAAUUCUGCAGCCUGGACAAACUAUACCAAUCUGAAAAAUUUGCUUAUUUUGCUUAUUCUUGCAUAAUUUACUCUGCUUCAGAGACUCUUAGCCCUAUCCUUUCUGAAUCCUUUUUAAAGCUGUCUGGCAGUCAUCAUAUCAUGUGAGAGUGACUUCUACAAAGUAAUUAUACAUCAUAUGAAAAAAAAUUCAAUGGAAUACGCACCAUUGCUUUCAGUGGGAGUUAGUCAAGAUACCUGAAACCUGUACCUAAAUUCCAUUGUUUUCAACAAAAGGGCAUUAACAAGAAGGUACAUUAAAGAUGUAAAUCAUGUAACAGCAGCAAGUUCCUAGCUCUAGAUGUUUGGUGAUCUGUUGAAAGUGGGGUGAGCAAUUUUGCAUGGUUGGUUUUUUGUUUUCACUAGAUUUGGAGAAGAGGUGACAGCAAAGGAAGAAUGCCUUGUGAGAUUUUGGGUGCUAGUUAAUUGUCUCUCUUGGGAAAUGAGGCAAUUCCAGGUGGAGAUUUCUGCUAUACGAUUUGUUUAUUUUGUCACAUUCCUGCGAAUGGUGAAUACAUUGAGCUAUCCAUGUAUGUUGUUCUUGCAAUGAAUCUCUGAGGUGGGUUAGGCUGAGAGUGGCAAGACUUACCAAGUGAACUUCAUUCUUCAAGAGCUUGAGUAGGGAUUUGAACCCAGGUCUCUCUAGUCCACAUUAAGUACUAUAUACAUUACAUCUGAUUUAGGCACUGUAUCCUUCUGUCAAGGACAUAGCAACUCUGUCUAAAGGGAAGCAAUCCUGGCCCUCUAACAACAUAUUGUUUGCAUAUUUGCUCUGAAGUAAGCAUCAUUGUAUUCAAUGGGGUCUACUGACUUGUAUGUCUGCAUAGAAUUAUACAAUUAAUAAAACAUAUUAUGUAGGACUCGGUAUAUAAACACACCACAUUAUUCACAGUAGUAUGACCAGUGAGCUCCUGUUGUUCGGUCCCUGCUCCUGCCAACCUAGCAGUUUGAAAGCACAUCAAAGUGCAAGUGUAUAAAUAGGGACUGUUCCGGCGGGAAGGUAAACGGCGUUUCCGUGCGCUGCUCUGGUUCGCCAGAAGCGGCUUAGUCAUGCUGGCCACAUGACCCGGAAGCUGUACGCCGGCUCCCUCAGCCUAUAGAGCGAGAUGAGCGCCGCAACCCCAGAGUCGGUCACGACUGGACCUAAUGGUCAGGGGUCCCUUUACCUUUACCUUUUUAUGGCCAGUUUACUGUCAACUUACAGCCAGUGUUGUGCAGUGGUUAAAAUAGGACUUGGGAGACCAGGGUUCAAGUUGUCACCUGGCCAUGAAGCUCACUGGGUGACCUUGGGUCAGUCACUGUCUUUCAGCCUAGCCUACCUCACAGGGUUGUUGUGAGGAGAAACUAGGGGAGAAUACCAUGUAUGCCACCUUGAGCCCCUUGGAGUAAAGGUGGGAUAUAAAUUUAAGUGACAUAAAUAAAUAAACUUCACAUGCACAGAACAGGAUUCUGUGCCAAAGUGACCCAAGUUCAGUUGUAAAAAAAAAAAAUGAAUUCUGCAGCAGCAAUAAAUUAUGCAUAUCUAGCAAAUUUGCAUGCACUGCUUGUUUUCCAUGUUCUGCUGCUUCUGGACAUGAGCAUAAACUAGGAGCUGUGCAGGAUGGUGAAGCUUUGCUUCCUGGUGGCUAGAAAUGCCAUGCAGCAGCUCUCUGGCUCCUGCAUCUCCUAUGAUGGCCUCCUGAAGCUGGCCAUACCCUCACCAUCACCCACUGUCCACACAUAGUGGCCAAAGAUCAGAAGAGGGGAGUCUGCUCUAUACACAUAGGCACCCCCACUCCCAUGAUCUAGAACCCUGUGCUAUCAGGGUUCUAGGGAGCCACCCUGCAUAGAGUUCGCCCCUUUCCUGAGACCUUACCCUCAGUGCAUGGACUGCAGUCGGGGCAUUCAGCUGGGAUAGGGCGCAGAGUCAGAAGCAUGGCCUUGAUCUCCUUAUGCAGCUGUAAUCACACAAGGUGUAAGUGCCCAAACAGGGCUUAUAUAUUGUCAAGAUCCUUGUAAUAGAGGACAUUCAUAAAUUAUAGCUGUAAGCCUUUGGGGUUCUGGGACUAAGGGGCUUUAGUUGUUGUUAGAGGUAAGUUCAGCGGUAGCAGAGAGACAGAGAGAGAGAGAAGCAAAUCCCUUUCAGGAUGCUGAUUAUUGCACCCUUAUCUUCUCAGUUGCUCAUGUAACAACUGCAUGAAAUGCAACUAGUUCUUCUUUAGCUUUUUUUUUUUUUUAAAAAAGACAAUAUUAAUUGAAUAUGUGUUUGCUGUCCUUGCGGUCAGAGAGGAGAAACUUUGGAGGACUGUCAGUCCAUUCAUGAAGUUAACUUGCAGUCACUGAGUCAGUCCCGUGUGUGGCUUCUGGUGGGUCGAUGGGAGUCUCUUUCAGCUUAGUUCAGGUAGUAUUGAGUGAAGCAUUGAGUCAGAAGAAUCUGAGAGCAGGGCAGAUCCCUACUACAUGCCUCGCUCGCCUGCAACCCAGGGUCACUAUUUUUGGGACAGUAAAAACCCCCAAACCAAUUAUGUUUAAAUAGUGAGUUUUGGCCUUCUUUUGUAACCGGUAAUGCUUCUUCAAACUCUCCUGGGAUGAGAAUGGACACGUGGAGGGCAGCCGUGUUGUGAAUUACCCUCAUGUUAUUAUGUGGGGUCUUUUUGUUUCUAAUGGGGGAGGGGGGCAGGGGGUGAGUGGAGCUGCUGCUGAGUAGCAGAUGGCAGGAAGGGUGACAUCAUAGGCACAAUUGUCCUACCCCAUUAUUCUUCCUGACAAGCUCCUGCCCUCCUUUUUGGUUUCCUGCUGACAGAAUUUGAAAUUGUGUGUGUGUGCUGGGAGGCAGCCAGAGGUCCUCCCAAAUUCCUCCCUUUUGGGUAAAUUAUGUUUAUCUAGUACUAGUAGUAUUUUAUUAUCGCUUCUAAAACAGUCAGGUACUGACCAUAAAGACAGGCCCUCCUCCCAAUUCGCAACUGUAGGGAAUGGAAAGAGUAAGAGGAGAUCAGUGUGGCCUAUAUAAUUUGGGUUGGUAUGUGAGACAGGAAGGGUAUGUUUUUACACAUGCGCGCAGGCCAGACGUGGACAUGCUUUCCCAGGAUCAGGUUCCUGUGAGUUCAUUGUGACUUACUUGAGAUUUAGGAUUGCAGCCUUGGACUUGUCAGCUCCAGGCUCUACAAGGUCUCCUGUUUCUUUAUGGUUUAAGAGAAGGAAGAUAAUGUGCUGUGUGUUGUCCCACCUCCCGGGAAUUGUCAUUCCAGUAAUGUGAUGGGAAGAAUGCUUUGGGGAAAUAUGCCCUUCCCUAUAGCCAAGGCUGGCAUCAAGACUCUGCAAUCUGUUGCUCAUGCCAAGGCCUCUGCAUUGUGCCUAGCACUAACUUCUGGCCCUGGUAUUGCCCCUCCUUGCUAUGGCUAACCUUUCACCUUCCCUCUCUGAAUGAGCAGGUUGGGACAGGAUUAGGAACAUCCUCCUCUGCCUACCUCACCCUCUGGACCAAUAUGCAGGUUGAGCCCACAGAAGGAGGGCAAGUGAAUGGGGCAUUCACUUCUUCUUUGGCAAUCACUCGUAGCCAAGUAAGAUUGUCUUCCAUAAACACUGUUUUAAGAGGAGGCAGUACCAUUCAAGGAGAUGGCUUGCUCAGGCCAUUUUGCCCAAGGACCCCCUCCAUACACACAGUAACGAUACAGGAGAUUUCUCUAGUUUGGAAUGUCACUCUUAGCUUGUGUCCCUUGCUACUGGGUUGGCGAAUUUGCAUGAUCACAUUUGUGGGCUGAGAUCCGUUUCCUUCAUUAGCAACACUAAAGGGGGGGGGAUAGGAUCCUUUUAUCGUGGCAAACCAGUUUAUAGGUAGGGAUUGAUUUGUUACUCUGCAGCUUGAAACAUGCUUAAUGUGGAAGGUGAUUUCCAUGGCAUUUAUAUUUUCGUGCAAAUGUGCUUAGGAUCGCAACCUUUUGAAUGAGGAAGAAUCAAGGGGGCUCUUGAGUUAAGAAAUGUUGCACAUCACUGCAGUUAAGCUUGAUAAUUUGAUUGCGGGUUUUGCUUUGAUGCUAUGGGCUCAUUCAGCCGAUGACGCAGCAUUGUAUAACCCAGGUAAGUUUGUUUAGAAGCACAUCCCUUUUUCAUGCCUCUUCUCUCAUUCUCACAAGUCGGGACGAGGUAGUAGGUGAUGAAGCCUGAGCUGGAGACAAGGUAGAAGGCUUUGGUUAUGACAAGUGGAAACUGCAUAGGUCUGGUCAGGGAAGCAUUCUGGGGGCAAAGAAAGGAAGAAAGGGUUUGGGAACCCUGUGCAAGCAGGCACUAACAGUUGAGGCUUUUAAACAUAGAUCCAUGUCAGCCGUCACUCAACACUUUUAUAGUUGAAGGAAACACAAUCCCGUUUAGCCAAAAUGUAUUUGAAACAUCCACACCCCUUCCCGCUAUUCCCCAGUUCUGAACUCAGUCCAGGCAAUACCAUGUUUACUCGAUGUGGCUUGCUUCUGUGCUGCCAGUGCUUGUCUGGGAUUUCUAUUGCCUGAAACCUUAUAACUUUAAUAAGAUAUAAACCGUGUCACAUCCAUCUGCCGUUGCUCAGCAACCCGUCAGUAAUGCCCAAAACAAAGCUCCCCAUGUGGAAGGAACACUAAAUCCUACUGUGGGAUAAUUCUGCUUCCAAAGCUGUUGUUUCCUUCGCUGCUAACAGCCCUGUCCUGGUAGCGAAUCCUCCCACCUGUGGCAGCAGUGCACACUGCGCGUGAGUGACUCUCCUGUCACCUUUGCCCCUGUGGCCAGGGCUGGAGGGAUUACUUUGCCUGCCAUGCUGGAUGUGCUUAGGUUAUGUCACAAGAAUAAAUGUCUGCUGUUAUCUUUAAAAAACGCAGGGCACUUGUAUUCACAUCCUGCAUUAAAUUUUCCAAUACAAGCCAGGAAAUACAUUGUUGUUGUUGUUUGUUUGUUUUUUAAGGCAGAAAGGCCAAUGAAGUGUAUCCUUUGGUGCUUCUCAGCUAGAUCAAUAACUCAAUUUCUCAGUAUUUCUCUCAGGUGCAAAAUGAUCGUUGCAACAUUGCAUGUCACAUGCAUUUUCUUAGCAGGUUAUUCAUGCUGAAGCCUUGGAAUUGGUGUUAAUGUGCGUGUUGCAGGGGAAAUUAAAAUAGGAAUGGGCCACUCAGUAUCUUUUGGAUUCUGAUCACAGGGUUUCAGAAUAUGUACUAGGGAAAAUGACAGGCAGUGAGUAUAAAAGAUGUGGCGUGAGUAUAUAUGUGUGAAGGUGCAGGUGAAGGCAGGAUCAGCCAAAGAACCAGGCUCCCUUCUUCUGAGAACCUCUCUAUUAGAGCAUAAAAAUGGGAAUUCUCUCCCUCUCCUUUUCCAGCCGUAAUGUCCCACAGUCCUUCUGCUGCUUAACUCCCACCCCUCUUGAGUUUCAGAUACUACAGACAAAACCAAAUAUCCAUUUCCACUGGAAAUAUUUAGUGAGGCAUGACAUGCUUGGCAUUUAUUUAUGCUACUCUCUUAUAGUGGUUUGUUUUGACAGUCAUAAUUGAGGGCUAAAUUAGCAUCAAUAGCAUCCCUCAAGUUUCAUGCUGGCAGCCAGACACGAGUCAAUCAGCAAGGGAUGUGUUGAAAGUUGCCAGGCAACUACACAUGGUUAAACAGGUCCAGUGAACUCAAAACAACUUGGAAUAGAAUCUGUUUUCUCUGUGGAUUUGCAAGUUGGUUUUGCACACUCAUCUAUGUCCAGAGGAAGGUGCGUGGGAUGUAGCUUUUUGUUCAUCUUGUUUAGGCUUGCAUGAGCUUCUCAACUGGCUAACAUAGAAUCAUAGGCUUGGAAGGUUCCCCAAGGGCCAUCUAGUUCAACCCCCUGCAAUGCAGGAAUCUCAACUAGAUCGUAUAUGACAGAUGGCCAUCCAACCUCUGCUUCGAAACCUCCAAGGAAGGAGACUGCAAUUAAACAAAAAUCUGAUGUGACCUCUAGGGAUUCCUCCCCUAGCUUUUUGAGGACACAGUCUUUUGUUCCCCACCCCAGAUUUGUUAGUAUAAAGGGAGAAAUGUGAGAGAUUGGUGUGGCACAAAAAGGGUCAGCCAUAAGGGCUCCAUAGGCUGCAUCCAACUGAGUUAAACCAGACCUAGUGAUAUGAAUGGAUCUAAUAUAGCCAUGUCCAUCCAUUUAGUGGGCCUACUUGUAGGACUCUCACAAAAGUGGUCUCAUAUAGGGGCGGGUGGUACGGUUCCCAUGGCAAUUGCACACCUGAUGUGUGCUUUCAUGCAUCUAAUUAACUAGGCUAGUGCAAAGGAAUUUGAAGGUAAAAAGGAACUGAAAGGAAAUUUGGAGUUAUUAGCAUUACAGCAAGCCCUAAAAGCUGCAGUCAGAAGUCUCUCCCAUCCUGACCCAGAGAUGCCAGAAAUAGAGCCUGGAAACUUCUGCAAAUAAACUACAUGCUCUACCACUGAGCCAUGACACUUCCCCAUAUUGUGCCUGUAUGUUUCCCCACCUUUUUUUGCUAAUAGCAGUUCUGGAAGGGGUUAGGAUAGAAGCUGUGAGGAUGGGGGAGAGAAAGGGUUAGGGAACCCCCCCCCCCCCCGCUUUGCACACAAGUUCUACGGUUUUAUAAAAAGAAAUUUACUGAUGCAGUCACCAAUUGGCUUCAUGUCUAUUUGAGUGCAUAGGCUUGUGCCAGAGAUUUGGUAACUCCCUCUCCUCAGGGCCUGAGUUAGGAAUCUGAAACAAGGAAUUCUCAGAGUUCUCAGCAAACUACAAUUCCCAGCAUUCUUUAGGAGAAGGUAUGUGCUUUUAGUUUUGUCACCAGGGCAUGUAUGCUAUCCACAGCUCUUCCUUGGUCUGAUACACUGAACAGCGGGAUGGCUGCAUAUGAAAGCAGCCAUGAAUUUUAACAGGGAGAAAUGUAAAGUAUUGCACUUGGGCAAAAAAAAUGAGAGGCACAAAUACAAGAUGGGUGACACCUGGCUUGAGAGCAGUACAUGUGAAAAGGAUCUAGGAGUCUUGGUUGACCACAAACUUGACAUGAGCCAACAGUGUGAUGCGGCAGCUAAAAAGCCAAUGCAAUUCUGGGCUGCAUCAAUAGGAGUAUAGCAUCUAGAUCAAGGGAAGUAAUAGUGCCACUGUAUUCUGCUCUGGUCAGACCUCACCUGGAGUACUGUGUCCAGUUCUGGGCACCACAGUUCAAGAAGGACACUGACAAACUGGAACGUGUCCAGAGGAGGGCAACCAAAAUGGUCAAAGGCCUGGAAACGAUGCCUUAUGAGGAACGGCUAAGGGAGCUGGGCAUGUUUAGCCUGGAGAAGAGGAGGUUAAGGGGUGAUAUGAUAGCCAUGUUCAAAUAUCUAAAAGGAUGUCACAUAGAGGAGGGAGAAAGGUUGUUUUCUGCUGCUCCAGAGAAGCGGACACGGAGCAAUGGAUCCAAACUACAAGAAAGAAGAUUCCACCUAAACAUUAGGAAGAACUUCCUGACAGUAAGAGCUGUUCGACAGUGGAAUUUGCUGCCAAGGAGUGUGGUGGAGUCUCCUUCUUUGGAGGUCUUUAAGCAGAGGCUUGACAACCAUAUGUCAGGAGUGCUCUGAUGGUGUUUCCUGCUUGGCAGGGGGUUGGACUCGAUGGCCCUUGUGGUCUCUUCCAACUCUAUGAUUCUAUGAAAGCGAACUUGAUUUUAAGUGUCUUUCAAAGCUGACCAAACACAUACUCAAAGACUAUCUGGAAUGUAAUGGAAAGAGCUGUUUAGUCCUUUCCCCCAUUUGGCUAGUGCCCUCUUUCUUUCUAUCCGUCUGUCUGUCUGUCUCUCUCCCUCUUUCUGGCUUUGCUUCACCACAGCUGCUGUUCUCUGACAGCAGAAUGAUAGAUGUGCUUUGCGCCAGAGGGAGGAAGGCCGCCAGCUCAGAAGGCCGGCGUAUGCCACCCAUCAGCCUAUUCAGUGGAUGCACUGAGCCAUGGCACUGUGAGGAUUUUAUCGGCCUUUAAUGCAUUAACCUUUCAUUAGGCACGGCAGCCCCUGACUGUGCCUCGCACUCUCCGCCUCUGCUCCUGCCAUGGCCUAGGUACGCCACGGAGGCUUGUCAUCGGAGGGAAACCCCUUUUGUCCUACUCAGGGAUCAAACGAUACAUUCUCGCAAACCCAGUGAACCUCAUGCCUUCUUUUCUGCACAUGCACAAAGUUCCAGACUUGGGUCUGCUUCCUUGUGCUGGUGUAGAGAAAAUCGUUUCCCUUCCCACCUCAGCUCCCUCAGCCUGAAACAAGAUGAGUGCCACACCCCAUAGACGCCUUUGAAUGGACUUAAUCGUCCACCGGUCCUUCACCUUUUAUUUUUUAUUUUUACUUUAUCUUAGAGAAAAUUGUGCUAGAGAAAUCGUCCCCCCGACCUUCUUCUCUGCUCUAAUCUGCACGCACCCCCACCCCCACAUGGCAUUUUGUGCCAUGGAGAAAUCCUGUUAGAAUCUGAGAGCAUACAACUGAUUGCAGGCCAGAUGGCAAAGAACAGCUUAUUCUGAUUCUGGGAAUGGGAGUAGAUGUGUUUCCGGCAGCCUUUGCUAACCUAGUGCCCUCCAAAUGUUUUGCACUGUGACUCCCAGCCAGCACGGCCAUUGGGAGUUGCAGUCAAAACACCUGGAGGGCGUCAGGUUGGCAAAGGCUGCCUUAGGAGGUGUGUGCUUACUGCCCUUGUUCUGAAAAGGCACUUAGCUUAGCUGAUGAAGGCUGAGGUCUAACCCUAGCCCCCUUUUAAGGGCACCCACAAACACUUGAUUCUCCCUGCUUCCUGACAACUCCCACCCAAUUCUUCAGAAACGAUACCACUGCUAUUGGGGUGGAUGGUUGGGAAGUGGGUAGUAGGAUAGGUAGGAUAGAAGUAUGAAAAUGUGGGAUGAAGAGUACGCAUUUCCACCCUGGUUGUCCAGCUUUAAUUUCUGUGGUUGGGUGGGUGGAGUUAGCAUAGUGGCUUUGACCUACCCCCCCAACCCCCCCCCCCCCACUGUCGAGAGGAAGCCUCUUUUCAUGCUUGGUCUGAAACAUAUGCAAUGGGACUUUGCACGUCUGCUUUGCAGAGAGAGAAGUGUGAGCUCCACACAGAUCUGUAAUUACUGUAUCUCCCCACAGAUGCAGUGUGCAGAUUCCCACUUCACACCUUCGUAGGAAGUGUGAAAGAAAGCGCGGGUCAUUUGUACUUCAUCUGCUCCUGCUUAUUGCUAACACCUGUAGUAGUCCUCAGUCUUGUGGUAGCGGUUGUGUUCUUCAUAGCGGAUGGAUCCCUGCCCAUAAUUAGUUCCCUGUCCUCGUCUAUCAAAUGGCUCCUAUUCCUUUAACAAAACAACCUCUGCUUUUUCUUUCUUCCCUGAAAUUUCCUCCAGAGCACGUAUAUGACACCACUUCUCCAGAUCACUCUUCUUCUGUGAGGCUGCUGGCUUAGCUCAGCUUCCUCCAACCUUCAAUGUACCCAUUAGCCAUUAGUCCUUGUCUCGUUUGGAAACUAAGCCUGGGUGCAAUGUAACCGAAAUGAAUGCAUAUUCUUCUGCUGUGAGCUGCCUCCAUUUUCUUACCCUCCUUUUUUGUCUCCUCUGUUGUCAGAUUUUGGGUUAUAAGCUUCUGAGCAGGGAUCUGACUUUCAUUUUGCAAAGCAGUGCACACAUUUUAGUGUUGCUUUGUAAAUAAUCGCAGAAUGCAUGGGAUGCUAAUAGCACAGAGACAGGGGUGGUUGAUGACAAAUUGGCUGAGUUAGUACUGCUGCUAUAAACAUCCAUUAUCAUUUGUGUCAUUGAAUAUUAUUUGUUCUGUGAGGGUGCUGAGAGACCUCUUCUCCCUCUCCUGGCCUCCACAAACUUCAGAUAACUGAGCACUGCACUGUACUGUACAGUUCCUGAAUACAAUUUGUGCAUUUUUGGAGCUUUGUUACCUGCUGUGUUCUGGCAUGGCUUGACCACCCUUUGCUAGCAUAGGUGGAUAACAGAGUUUCUGUAUUUUACAUAUGCCAGAAUAAUAAAUUCUGUUAACACUUUCUGCAACCACUAACAACAGCUUUCUCACACGAGUCCUGCUCUCUCCUGCUUUCCUUCAAAGCAUUUAUAAAUGAGGAGAGAUCAUAUGAAGGAGUGGGGCAAACCAUUGUCCCCCUGGGUGGGGACAAUAAAGAGAUCCACUCAGUUUUCUUUGUUUUGAAAGCUGUAGCAAUUUAACAUUUAUGGGUUAUGGAAUAACGUUUGUAUUCUUGUGGCACUUCUCUUGCAGGUAGAAGCAGAAGACCACCAAGAUGUGGUGGUCUAUGACCAGAGCACACGGGAUGCCAAUGGACUGGCGUCUGACAGUUUCCUCUCCAUCCUCCUAGGCAAGCUGGACAGCUGCUUCCACAAUGUCUCCAUCCUCACAGGUAGGAAUUGGUGGCAGUCAUAGUGAAAGGCCAAGAUUUUGCCUGUUAAGUGUAUGGGGAAGAAGCACUUCAGAGGACAAAAGGUGGCAGUAAAAAGCCUCAGACUACUCUGUCUUGCCAUUUAGUGUUCUUUCCAUGUGAUUUAUGUUGGACACAAGUCCCAGAUGUGAUGUUUGCUGUAACUAAUAGAGCUGCAUCUGUGGACCAAGGGUGGAAUAGCUGUCCCCUCCAUCUCUUGUGUCACUCCUGAAUUUAAUUGCACAGCUACUAAGAAGGGAACUUUACCAAGGGGUUGGAUGAUGUGUUGUGGCAUCAAGAUGGAUGCUAGAGUGUGAGAGAAGCCUUUAUUGCAAUACCUUUCUAGGUCUCGAGUACCUUGUGGCCUAAAUAGCAACCUGUAUUCCUGAAAGUGCUUUACUGCAGCCACGUCACAGGGGUGGGGUUUUUUUUUUUUUGGUAAACCUUCCUCUUUGUUUGAAGUGGGAAUGGUAACAUUAUCUGAAGUGGAAUGUGCAUGCUGAUAUAAAUUUUUAAAGAAAAAUUAUGGUUUUUUAGAUGUUAGGCAUAGUGAAAGUUGCAGGGGUGAUAUGCUACUACCUAGGUAGGGAGCUUGUGACCCUAAAUGUUGCUAGACUAUAAAUCCCACCAUUGGCCAUGCUGGCUGAGGCCUUAAACGACUCAGGACCACAAUACCUCAAGGACCGCCUCUUUCCAUAUGAACCUACCCGGACCCUGAGAUCAUCUUCUGAGGCCCUCCUUUGUGUGCCUCUUCCUUGAGAGGUCCGGAGGGUGGCAACACGAGAACGGGCUUUCUCUGCAGUGGCUCCCCAUCUGUGGAAUGCUCUCCCCAGGGAGGUUCACCUGGCACCUUCAUUUUACACCUUUAGGCACCAGGCAAAACGAUCCUUUUUAACCAAGCCUUUGUUGAUUUGAUUGACAUCCUAUAUGCUUUUAAAAUGGGGGGGUAUUGGGUUGUUGUUUUUAUUGUUAUUAGGUAUUUUGUGGUUUUAUAUCUUGAUUUUAUUCUGUGAAUUGCCCUGAGACCCCAGGGUAUAGGGUAGUAUAUAAAUUCUAAUAAUAAUAAUAAUAAUAAUAAUAAUAAUAAUAAUAAUAAUAAUAAUAUAAUGGGAGUCAGUCCAACAACAUCUACAGGACCGCAGUCUUCCCACUCCUCUGCUAUGCUACUAGAUACCUUGACUGCCUUGAGCAGGGAUUCAGCUAGGAUUCAAGAACUUGCAGACCCAUGGAAGGGGCUUUAAAGUGACCAUCAUGCCUGAUGCGGGUGCCUGAUGAUGCCACUGAGCUUAAAAUAAGAGAUAGAGAAAAUAGACCGUGUUCCUACAAAACUCAAGCACUCAUAUGAUUGCACCUUCUGGGGCUUCUUUGCCAUAUACCUUUAUUCCCAAGUUCUAGUUGCCUUGCUUAACUCUUUUAAGCUAUUGUGUGAGAGCAAGAUUCAUGGACUUCUCUUUUGCCCUCUUAUAUUGGACAGGAAUUGAUGUUAAAUAUGGAUAUGUGUUGUGGACUCAGUCAGGGACUCUAAGGAUACGGUUUGUUCCAUAUAUUAAGAUUAUCUUGUGAUUUUUAUUCGAUUGCUAAUAGUUAUGACCCUUUGGGGUUUUGUAAUCUGUUCCUCUACUUAGAGAUGUAACAUUUCAGGGAAUAUAAAAGCAUAGGGAGAAAAAUGUUUUUGGAGGUGAGGGGAAUGGAAAUCGAAGGAGGGGAAAAGAAUAGAAAUAUUCAGAAUUUUUAUCCAACCAAGCUUAAGUUAGGAACGUGAAAUCCAUUAUGUAUAAUUUAGGUAGCGGGGGAAAGUGUGGUGUUUGGCAUUUUUAUGAAAUGUGAAAGUAUAAGUUCUUAAUUUAAAUUCAAGCAGUAGUUAAAAACAUUCUGCUGCUGUGAGCUUUUGCACCCUAAUGUGCCUGAGGAAUUGUCUGCCACAAAAUGUUGCAAUGGCCACGAUGCAAAUAGCCUUACAGGGGUAUAAAUCAAAGGCACAGAGAGUGUAGGCCAUCAAUGGCUAGUAGUCAUGGUGGCUAGAUAGAACAUCGCAUGUUCAGAUGCAGUGCACCUUUGAAUAUUGGGGAACACCAUUGGAAGAGAAGGCUGCCUGAUUUUGGCCAUGGACUGGUUGAAUAAUAUGUUCUGAAGGAAGCAGGAGUAACUAUAGACACCUAUUCCACUGACCUGUUCCACUUACCAUGGGAAAGUUCUGUAUGCUGUGCUGGGGGUGGGCAGAAGAAUUGCUGCAUCAAUGCUCUACAAAUCCCGUUUUGCCCAGUAGAGGGGAGUGUUGCACAUCUGCAGGAAUCAGCCUGAGCCAGUCUGUGGCAACGAGCCCAGGCUUACUGAACACGAGCGCAUUGUCGUGCCUCUGCAAAGCUUUCUUCUUUCUGUGCCUUUCCCGCUUACCUGUGCCAUAAUUGCUGGCAUGUAUCUUGCAUCUUGGCUCUUGUUUGGCAUCAUUUCCAUGAAACUAGUAACCAACAGGGUUUGUAGAACUGGACAAUCAGAGUAGAAAAGUAGGUAGGAUUUCAGGGAGUCAACAAAUCUUCCCCGCUAACCUUGUUAGUAUUUACAGAGUGAAUGAAUGAGCAGGGCUCUUUUCCAGAACAUUUAAAAAAAAUAAUCAAUGGAUUCAUUCGGAAAGAGGAAAAGGAGGGUGGUGGCGGAGGGUUCAUUCCAAUGAAUCAGGGUCCCUGAGGGACUCUUAUCCCAAACCACAGCCCAUAUGGUAAAGUGGCUAAGUAAGCAUGAUAUUCUAAUUAUAGCUUUCUGCGGAGUGCGUACAGUUACAGUGCUAGCGAGCUCCAAAGGAAAGGCGUGUGAAUGAAUGAAAUCUCCCAAGUGGACAAAGAAAGGAAAAGGCAGAUGAAGAUUAAACCCACUUAUUCAUUCCAUAACUCUGGGAGCCAGAUCUGCUGCUUAUAUUGUUACCUAGCACUCUGGGCCAAGCGACACAUGGCAUUUACUCCAUAGCUUGCUUUUGAGUGCAACCCUUAUUUUUUCCAAAAACUGCCGUCCUGCCCCCUCCCCCCAUCACAAUAUGGGUUCAGAUCCUAGCAUAGGAGUUAGGGAGCUUUAACACAUGCACCCUCAUGCAAUGGUCCUAAACUGGAUCAGGGACUCUCAUGCCUGCAAUUUGCAUGGGCGGGGGGCAGCUUCCAAUAUCAAGAAUAAAAUUUUCAUCCCCCCUGUGCAAAUUGCAGAAGAAAAACUUGUGGUGCUCAGAAUCCCUUUGAAAAUAACAGGCAAAACAUCUGUCCCCCCCCCCAUAAUAAAACACAGAUAAGGACAUCAAGCAAUCAACACCCCCCAAAACAGGAAUUGCCCACAGCAACUAUCCAAAGAGGCCCCCCAAUCUCAGUUUUAAAAUCAUUAAAUUUGGGAGGGGCAGGGAACCCUGGCAGAUGCCAAAGGGGCUGUCUGAGAAUGCCACAUGCCUCGAUACACAGGGUGCCGCAAUAGACACCCCAGUACUAAAGUCCUUUCUCCGUUCAGCUAACUUUUCCACAUUUAUGUCUGGCAUUAAAGUCAAGCAAAUUAGUUACAAUAUAGCACGUGAAAUGUUUCUGUUUUAGCCCUUGCAUUAUAAUGUGUACUGCCACCGUAGAUUGAACAGAGCUGCUGUUUAUAUAGCUUUGUUUACAACUCUGCCAAACUUGUCCAACCAGAAAUGUCACUUGUAGUACCAGGUUUGUGCCAUGAUGCUUGUUUUUGUGAAAUGUUGCAUUUAUCUGGAUGCCUCGGCUGCGGCUCCAAUCUGGUGGAACGCUCUGUCACAAGAGACUAGGGCCCUGCGGGACCUGACAUCUUUCCGCAGGGCCUGCAAGACAGAGUUGUUCCACCAGGCCUUUGGUCAGGGCGCAGCCUGAUUCCCUCCUCUGGCAACCUGCACAGAAUUUUGCUUAAAGGUUGCCAUUAAUUUGAUUUUAAUUAAUUUUUAUAAUGAAAUGUUUUAGAAUGUUGGAUUAUUUGAUUGUUUGAUUAUUUGAUUGUUGUUAGCCGCCCUGAGCCCGGCUUCGGCUGGGGAAGGCGGGAUAUAAAUAAAAUUUAUUAUUAUUAUUAUUAUUAUUAUUAUUAUUAUUAUUAUUAUUACUGCUUUAAGUGGCAUACACAUUUGAUGAUGGUGAUGAUGAUGAUAAUGUCACAGCUGUGGAGAGAGGGUAGAAUUUCUUUAGACAUGGGAUCACAGGAACAAGCAUGUGAUGCAAGGAGAAUCUCUUGGAAGCAAUGUGAAUAAAAAUCUCAGAAAUACAGUCAGGGUGUCUUCACUGCAGAAUUUUAGUCUACUCCCAAGAGUAUAUUUGUUUUUUUAAAAAAUGAUAUUUAUUGGGGGGGGAAAAAUUUUAAAGUUACAAAAGAAAAACAAAGUAGAAAAAGAGAAAAACAAGCCACUUCCAACCAUACAUAUACAAAUUCAAAAUAAGAGAGAGAAAAAACAAAACAAAAAUACACCACAAACAUUUAAAAACAAAUCCAUUAUUCUCAACUCCUCAACUAUCAUUACCCUCUUUCCUUGACCUCCUCCUCCUCCCCUUCCUUGUAUCCUGGUUGUUGAUUGUCACAGCAAAUCCUUUCCAUAUUUCAUAAUAUUCUGUCAUUACAUUACCUUAAACUAUUUUAAUCUUAUCUUACUAUAAAAUACCUUGAAACUUAAAACUUAAAUCUUAUUUUUACCAACUUCUCAUAACCAUAAUAUUCUUGCAUAAUUCUUUAAACAUUUUUACUAAAGCCAAGUAAUUUCAUUCCAACAUUUUUCUAACAUUCAUCAAUUUUGUAAAACAGUCCUAGUAGUGAAAAAGAGAAAUAAAAACAAAUCCAAUCUUCAUCCAGCGUCCCUUCCUCCUGGUCCCGGGUUUUGUCAGUCCUUGUUAUCCCAUCGAUCUGGCACAUUAACCUGGUAUCCUAAUAUCCGAGGCCCUUAAGUCUCUUCCAUGUCCCUUCCGCAGCUCUUCUUCAUAUUUGUAACUGUAUUUUCCCUUGUCUCCUGCUCGUUUCACUCGUGGGAACUCCAGCUUAGCAAUAUUUUUGACCCUUCUCGACAGAUCAGCCCCUUUUCCAUAAUCAACACUAAAUUCCAUGUGGUAUUUAAAAACAUGUUUCAAAAUCCCUCCAAAAUUGAGAGCCCCCACAAUCCCAAACAUCUCACGGCCCAUUGCCAGACUUGAAAAGUCCAAACAUCCCUGCAUAGGAGGGUCUAUCCAACCCCCCAUUUCCAAACCAAACCAAACUUUUUCUUUCCAAAUCUGGCUUUUUCCAAGUUCAUUUGUCAAAUCCGAAAGUUCAUAUUCCUGUUGGGCCUGUUCUGUCAGGGCACACUCCUGAUUUAAUUCCUGGGUGGGCUCCACAUAUUUUCCCACUGCCUGUUCAAAAUUCCCACUGCCUGUUCAAAAUUUCUAAUCGAAUCAGCCAUCAAAUUCGUCUUCUCAUGUAGCUGUUCCAGUAGGGCAUUUGUUUUAUAGAAAGCACACAACAGAGCUUCUGAAUACAUUGUCCUGAAGGUCAGAUGUCUAUUCCCACGAUUGUAAUCUGUAACAGCUGCCAGCUCCCAGGAGUUGGUUACAGUUUCACAGUCUCCCUCUCGGGGGAAAACGUCUCUUGGAUCUUUCUUUUAAAGACAAGUCUAGCAACAGAGUUUCCUUUUUUCAGAUAUUUUGUCAAUAUUUGUUCCUUUAAGGUGCGAAAGGAAACAAUGGAAUCACUAUGUUUCUCUUCUUUUAGCUAUCUGUCAAAAGCGUUUGUCUCUGGUCAAUGAGCUUCAAACGUCAGUCCUGACACCCCGCUCCAGGGUCAGGACGAUGGAAAGUUACUUUACUUUAAACUCACUUCUGCAGGUUUAAACAGUCCAGAAAAGAUCCCCCUUCUUCUCCUGCUGCCGAAGGGGGGUUCAACAAUUUUAAAUGAUGAAAGCCAAUCCUUUAAAAGCGAUUUUCUGAGCUCUAGUUUACGUUGUCUUUGCUUUAUUCUGUCUACAAAGAAACGGAAGGCUGACUUCCUGUUUAGACCUUCCCGUUUCAGUACCAAAUUGAAAUAAAAUUUUUAAGUCCAAUUCCUUUCUGGUCGCAAGUCCUUAUUUAAAGUCCAAUUGUUCAAAGUUUAAGUACUCACGGGUGCUUAUUUUAGAAGCCAAAUUGUCCCAGGAAAAAGGCAGCGCUCUCCGGCAACGGCUGUGCGGCUUCGCUCCACGGAAAUAGCAGUUGACUCACAGCACCGCGCCACCUCCCCCUCUUCGCUUCGGAGCCCGUUAGUGGGUUCCUUUGCGGGUUGGGGGGGCGCUAAGGGUGCCCACCGAGUCCCAUGGUCACAGGCUUCAUCCGCCUGUGAUUUUUAAAAGGGUCCCCGCUUCGCCGUAGCGGAAAAGACCCGUUUCGCGCGGAGCUAGUCCCUCCAAUUCAGAGGGAGUCCGCCAUUGCCGAUGGCGCCACCCCGGAAGUCCCCAAGAGUAUAUUUGAUCUCUGGAGAAUAGUUCUUACCAUGAGCUUGCUGUAUGCUAUUGACAAGUUGAAUAAUCUUUUGUCCAACACCUAUAAAAUGGAGAAUGCAAAUGUCAGUGUCUUAUCUGUUGGUGCCGGAGUCCUUCUGGGCAGAGACUGUUGCUCAGCAACAAACAGCAUUUGGCAUAGCAGAGCUCUGAUGUUAUAUUGGCUAAAGAUGCUUACUCUCGCUACAGUAUAUAGCCGUAAAAUAAUCGCUAGCUUAGGAAGAUAGUAUCUGUAAUGAUGGCUUUAGAGUCUGCUGCCCAUGCCCUGCACUGCUUUAGAUUUGAUUGUUACAGAACACAAGCAGUGGGGAGAGGAGGAAGGUGGUGAUUCAGCCAAGUGUAUUUGCUGUGCUCGGAACAAUUUUCACAUGACAGCAAUUCCCCAUGGAAGGAGAACGGAUGUAGGCAAGGCGGGACUUGCGGGCGGCAGACUGUGUGCCACAGUUGCAAGGUCACUGUGGUAUAAAUCAAGGACAAGCAGCCCCUGCACAAAUUACAUAAUUCUGGGUCUUCCGUGAGCUUGUUUAAGGUGUGGGGCUGUGCCAAGCACAUCCAGAGUAUUUGUAAUUUACCCUGAACUCCCAGAAAUCCCUUCUGUUUUCCGGGGGGUAGAGUCUGUAAAACAGCUCACUGGUCAUACAUUUCAGUAACUCCUAGGCACAACUACAAAUAAAGAGCAGCCUUUUUACCUUGGAGUCUUGCUGCCCAAGUUGUAGUUGUUUAUUUCCAACCAGUAUGUGAACUUCAUCCUCUCUCGUGUCCCUGCAGUCCCUGACCAUGUUUGCCUUUCCUCUCUGCCCAUUCUCACUCCCAGUAUGUAUAGGAAUACAGGAAGCUGCCUUAUGUUGCGUCUGUCCAGUUCAGUUUUGUCUACACUGACUGGACUAACCGUGGCUUAGCACAAGCCCAUGGGUUCCUGGACAGAAGACUGUAGCCAGAGCACUCUUCCCCCAGCCUCCCUGUACUGUUUGACUUAGUUUGUUGUCCAAGCCACAAGCAGUAACCCAGGUUUGUUCUUGGGUUUACAUCUUGUUGUUUGUCUGGAUGAGACAAACUGAGCCCAGAUUUAGAUGACACACUAGCCCAAAUCGUGAGGGAGGAGUCCAGUGGUCAGGAUCUCUCUGGGAGCUUGUGGUUUCAUGAUAAGCCAUGGUUUGGCUUAGUUUAAUGUGCAAACCAACUCGCUAUCACAUUCCCCCUCUAGGUGUGGACAGGCAGGAGGCCUGCAGGAUCAUUUAAUUUUUACUCAACCCCUGAGGUCCUCCAACCAGAGUAAGCUGCAAAAUAGUGGCUCAAGGGGACAGAGACAGAUGCAAAAUGAUGGCUUGGGGACAAAGCCGGUUACUUGCAUAUAAAAUUAGCUUACCUACAUCUGAGUUAUUACUGAGACAGGAUUCUAACAACCCAGUUUAACAGCAGAAGAAAUGCAGUUUUGCUAUUAACACUGUUAAACAUUUGAGAGUCAGAAACCUUUGACAAUCUAACUGAAAAUAUGCCAGGAGAUCCUGAUCUACUUCCAUCCACCUGACCCCAGUGUAAGGGAUUGGAUGUUGGGCUUGGAUUUGUGAGUAACAGGUUCAAAUCUUCAUUAAGCUCAAUGCCUAAUCAAGCACAUGGCAGAAUUAUGAGGAUAAAAUGAGCUGCCUUGAGCUCCUUCGAGGAUAAGCAUGAUAAAAAACCUCAUUUUUAAACUAAAAAUCAGUAUAAGUGUCUUGUAAAUGUUCUCUCAGUGUUCUCCAAUAUAAUCCUUUAUGUAUUUAGCAGAACUUUUUGCCAUUGAAGAAAAUGUGGCUUAUCAGACUCCGUAUACGUUUCUGUUUUACAUUCACAGAUCCUAACUUGCACAUAUACUUGGUUUCUCAGGCGUGUGCAUGCACACACACCCCAUUACAUUCAGGGAGGGCAGUGAGCCCGUUCCCAGAAGUUGCUGGUAAUUUCCUUCCUGAGGUUUUGGCAAAGAUUCUUAUGUGUGUUUUUGCUGUGGCGUCAUGAACUGCAUGCCCUGGAGCCCGCCAAUUCACUAAUGUCAAACACAGACCACUAAUGUGCUGGGUGGAGGAAAGGAACUGAAAUGUAGAACACUGGGUCACGGCUGCUGAGUUUUAUGUGGAAAGCAUGACUCAAAAUAAGAAAAAGGCUGCUGAAAACUUAAAAGAGGAAGGCAAAGCAGAUUUCUAACACGCACACACACAAAAUUUCCUCUUUGGUCUAAUGUACAGGCUAUUAAUUUAGACUAAAUGGUUCAAUGCUUGGGUGGUCUGAAGCUUACUUUGGUGUCAAUUUCCAAAGGUAUACCUGCCCAAACAUGCAAACAUCUAUUUUAAGAUAUAACAUUGUAACAUACAUCCAUGACUACCAGGAAAGGUUCAUAUUAUUCACAUUUGUUUCUUUACAGAAGUUUUCCUGUGCAAAUGUAUUGUUUUUCUGUGGUCCUGUUUUCUAACAUUUUAUGUUUCAAGAGUGUAAGCAUGUCUUGCAUUGAGAAGUGGCUAUAAGGGAAAUAUUUCAUGGAUUCUGUUGAAACUGUAAUGGAUUCAGUUAUUAAAAUUUCAAUUGAAUAAACAUUAUAUGCUACAAUUGGCAUACAUAGGGGUAAUCCAUGGGUAGGCAAACUAAGGCCUGGGGGCCAGAUGCGGCCCAAUCACCUUCUAAAUCUGGCCUGCGGACGGUCCGGGAAUCAGUGUGUUUUUACAUGAGUAGAAUGUGUGCUUUUAUUUAAAAUGCAUCUCUGGGUUAUUUGGAAUUCAUUCUCCCCCCCAAAAAAAUAUAUAUAUAUAUAGUCCGGCCCCCCACAAGGUCUGAGGGACAGUGGACUGCCCCCUGCCGAAAAAGUUUGCUUAUCCCUGGGGUAAUCCAUCACCUCCUCCAGGUGUUUUCCCCUUAUGUAAUCGAGGUUCCAGAUGACAAGGAGAGCCCACAUGCAUUUGGCAGGCUUGCUGGUUGCAGACAUUUUCCUUGUGAAUGGGUGUUGUCCCAAUGCAAGGAUGUGUGGUCUGCUGGUGUGGCCCUGUUCUCCCUCUCAAGUAAUUUAAUUACAUGAGCAGGAACACAGGAAGGGGGCUUAUUUCUCUAGUAUGUGAAAUGUGGGAGGAUUGUUGAAACAUUCACAAUGAGGGAAGUAACAUCCAGCAGCUGCACUUACACCCAAGUAACCAUGCAUAGGAUUGUUCUGAAAGCACCAACAAUUAAGGCCCACCAAAUUCAGUGGGACUUACAGGAAACCUGUUUAGUAUUAGACAGCUUAUCUGCCAGGUAGUACCAAUAAUGUCAAUAUAGUGUAAUCAUGACUACAUCAGUAAUUGAACCAAGAUCAUCAUCAUCAUCAUCUCAGAACUAUAACUCCAGAUUUUUUUGUACUCUGGUAUGCGUGCCCCCAUGAUGAAUGCAUGUGGGGACAAUCGGAUAUGAAGGCGGCAUCCAUUCAUUUUUCAGGUGUGCUGUUUCCAUACAUGUCAGGAGAGACCCAGUUUGUGCCUGACCAUUGCUCACCUAUAUUUUAAAUUCAGGUAGGGAGCCAUGUUGGUCUAAAGAGGGCCAUAGCAUGCAUUGAUGGGUACUUCCUUCAUACUGGAUGGGCUGUACCUGUGCUUGGUACUUUUAUUGGGCAGUCAUAUCUCAGUAGAAAGAGGAGGAGGAGGCCUUCAAGAAUCUUUGUGCUAGCAUUUCUUCUAGGGCACAAAAAAUGAAAUAAAGCAUCUGAGCCAAAAUUGUGUUUUUAAAAUCUUCUAGGUAACUUUUUUUAUUUAAAAAUCUCAUUAAUCAGAUGAAUAUGUGCAAAUGUGACUAUGUUUUCAUAGGCAAAAACAUUAUCCAAGGCCCAGAUGGUUAAGCCCAUAGAUAAAGAUCUGUUUCAGAUAGACUAGUCUUCAUACCUAUAUAGAAAACCAGCAGAAAGGCUGCUGGUAAGCAGCAGUAUCCUCUUUUACCCUUGAUAUCUUGUGGUAAGGAUACAAAGCACUCCCACUGGCCUCAGAAACCCCAUUUGGAAUUUCCCUGCUGCUGACAGCCAUUAAAAUCUAUUGGCUUAUGCAACCGGGUGAGCUUGCUGCAGUGAGAAUUCCCCACUUGUAGCAAGAGUUCAAUCACUGCUACAGCUCCACAGUCAGCAGGGCUAGGACUCCAGGCUGUCUUACCCUUGAUGGUGUUGCUUGCUUGCUUGCUGGGAUGCCUUGGGCACACACACCUGCUGUAUGGCUCUGCUUUGCUGUCUUUCAUAAUGCUUUUAUCAUACCUCAUACCUCUGCAUGUAGCGACUUGGUGCCAAUGUUACCUGCAGGGAAUAUAGCAGCUCAUAGUGCCAGAGGAUUGACAUGGGGUAGAAGGGAUUCCUCCUGCAGCCCCAGCUCUCAGCAAGCAGGUAUAGGUGGGAGGAUGGGAGAUGGGAAGGAGGAAGAGAGUUGUUCUUCUUCAUUUCUCAGGCAGUAGGUAGGUUGCCAGUACUGCUUUGCAAGUACGUGUAAACAGCCCUGCCUGCUGCCCACCCUUUGCAGGAGGAGCAAGCCUGUUGAUUUAGAUGAAUUUCCUGACGUCACAAGAAGCGGUGAAAAAGUGAAUGGAGCCAACAUUUUUUCUGCAUUAUGUACCCUCUCUCCCUCCCAGCGCUGCUAUUCCUGCAGGAGCCUGACUGUUCUUUAACCUCUGCUGAUUCCAGAGCAACAUCUGCAGCCCCUCCCUCAACACCUCUGCGCUUUUAUUAUAAUUGGCUUAUCAAGCAUGUUGCCUGAAAGUCCUCUUAAGUUCAUGCUGUCAGCAAGGAUGGUGUUGGGCUGGAGGAGGCAAGGGAGCCCUCACCAGCCUCUUUCCCCUUUUAUGUUUGCUUACAGGAGUGGUGAAGAGUUGGCAUGUGCUGGACCCAAGUGCUGACACCGCAGCUGCCUUUGGUGCUUCUGUGCAGCUCGGCAGGGGCCACCUACUCCGCUCUGGAGAGAGGACUAGGCAUGCAUUGUUUGAUUGCUAAUAGGAAUGGGAGAGACAGAUUUCCUGGGGAGGGUGGGGCAGAGCUAGUCAAGAAUAGGAUCGUGCUUCAGCAUCAAUGGCACAAAUCACAACUUACGUCACUGGUGCCUGAAACAGUUUAUGGAAUUGGUUAUUUAAAGUCUGAGUCAAGUAGCUCUUUUGAGACAGUUGGCAGCAGUGUUUUCCCUUGCUUCCUCCUCUAACAAAAAAUGUGUGCUGUGAGCUGGGGUGCACCAUGAUGAGGCCAGCACCAUGGGCGUAGCCAGUGUCAGCAUCGCCCUUGAGCCAGUGCCACCAACUGGACUCAUCCACUUCAGCCCCGACUGGGCUAGGCGAGCUGGGUAGCACUUCCAGAGACCACCUUCUGCACAGGAACAGGUCAAAGUGCUGUGGACUCACAGCUUAGAGUUGUGAGCACCGGAUUCACUCCAACAAGAAGACAGUCGUCGCACAGCAGAGUACAGCAGUCUAGCAGAGUAUAUAAACAACUCGGAGAGCAGCUCUGUAGAAUAUCUUCUUUAUUCUAUCUACAACUAUUAUACAACUAUAUACAGAGCUAAAUAGGUCUAAGCAUAAAUGAAUGCUGCACUGCACUGAGUGUCUGCAGCUGCUCUUAGCAGCAACCUUAUCUCUACACACGAUCUCUAACACUCAGUCUCUCUCGCUCUCUCCGACACUGACUGACUGACUUGGUGCUGGAGCAGAAUAAGUAGAGAGCAGAACACGCCUCCUCCUCUCUGGAGAAUCAGCAGACUCCUCAGGAGAUUCUUGGAUAUGGGAGGGGUGAAAUCUCAGCCAGGAUUUUUGUGGGGGGUAGAACCUCAUACUUGUAUUGAUUUGAAUUGAUUUAGGGGGCAGCUGCCCCCUAUCCCCCUCUUGGCUAUGCCCAUGACCAGUGCACUUACUAAUAGUAGAACCAUUAGCAUUAUCAUGUCAUUAUCAUAUCAUAUCAUGAUAAAUGAAACUAACAGCACAUGAUGUAUCUCUGUAGGACUUAUACUUCCUCACAGUUGGUCAGUGUUAAGUCAGAUAUAGUCACCUCAGGUGGUGGCCCAGGAGGCCUGUUAUUUAAAAACAAACAAACAAACAAACCCUAAUUUCUAACUAGAGGCCUCUUUCUGUGUUAUCCUGAAGCAAGCAAACCAGAUCCUGAGCUUUGCCCUGAAUAUACAAGACAAGGUUGUGGGUGCUGAAUCUGUCUGAUGCUAGCAGAGGGGAAGUUACAGAUUGGGCCCUGGCUUGGUGGAGACCAAAGGACUUGCUGAAAGUAUGACUCUGCUCUCAGUUUCCCAUAGCUCUGAAGUAGCUCUUGCUUGAAAAUUAGGGAGCAUAAUUUGGUGGUAGCCUACUUAGGACUAAAAUGCACAAAUCCUGCCUGGUUCUGCAUCACAGGACUGAUGGGGUGGUUCUGACGGUUGGCUUUUCAAGUGCAGCAUCCUUUAUGCUUUCAUACAUGCAGCCUGGGAGUGUGGAAUAGCCACAUCUUUCUCACGGGAGGAUACACUGCAGGCACAUGAGGAGUAACCUAGGGCAAUUCAUGUGAGAAGCCUAAGGCCAUUCACAAGAGAAGUGGAUGUGUGCACAGCCUAGAAAAAUAAAAACAGUUAACACUAAGAAUUGUGUGGAAUUAGACUUAGAAGUAAAAUAAAAUAGAGGCCUAAAUUCAGCCUGCAUUUGAGCGCAGGAUGAAUAGUUCACAACAGUUCAAGACAUAGGUUAUAAAGAAUUCAGUAUUCUGCAACUGAAUGAGCUACUUCUGAAGCUCUGGCUGAGUCCCGUCCCCCCACACACUCUUGGUCACCAAGCUGUGCUAAAGCCUUUUGUACCUUUUCUCAAGCCAGUAGCUUUUCAUCUGGCCGGGUAUACAUGUGAACUCAUCAGCCAUCUUCUUCACCACUCCAGAGCUUGUACCAGUUCUGUGAAGAAUGUUUAGAUUUUUCCAUCCCUCUUUUUUUCUAAAUUUAGAGCACCCAUUUAACACUCAUGAUUUGGAAAGAAUGUGGCAUGGUAAUAAUUGAUGAGUGAUCUCUCCAUCCCCCAGCUCUUCAGCAAACACAUUGCCUUUGACAGGUCUGGCCAUACUCCCAGACCACUUGCAAACCUGCAGUGCUAUGGAGAGCCUGUGUCUUUCAGAGGCAUAUCAUACAUGCCCAUUUCUCCUCCACUCCUAUUUCCCUAAACUCAGUAGAUCCGUUUAUUUUCUUUACCUCCUGUGGGAUAUAUAUAUCAGGAAGGGUUGAAAGCACAUUAGCAGCUGUGAAGAAAUACUUCUAUAUUCACCUGACAAGUCAGGAGCCAAUAUUUGUGUCGGCCCAUUUAAUUCCCCCCCAUUUGUUUAUGUGGGGUUGUUUAAUGGUGCCUGGUAAAUGAAGCAAAACAGGGCCCCAAUAUUUACAAGUAUGUGCAAAGGAAAUGGUCAAACCAGUAGCAUAGAAGUUUAUAGUUUAUUUGAACUUCCUAAAUGGGCCUAUAGAUGUCCUUCUCUGCAGUCUAUUAAAAAAGGUAAGUAUCACAGGGGUAAGAUGUAAAGGUUUAGUAAUGGGUUAGAAAUUGGCUAAGCACUAAAAAGUAAAACAGAAGAGAAGGGUCAGAUGCUUAGAGCAGAAAGUUAUCAGUGGGAAGACCUGUAAUUCUGAUACAGUGGUACCUCGGGUUACAGACGCUUCAGGUUACAGACGCCUCAGGUUACAGACUCCGCUAACCCAGCAAUAGUACCUCAGGUUAAGAACUUUGCUUCAGGAUGAGAACAGAAAUCGUGCGGCGGCAGCGGGAGGCCCCAUUAGCUAAAGUGGUACCUCAGGUUAAGAACAGUUUCAGGUUAAGAAUGGACCUCCGGAACGAAUUAAGUUCUUAACCCGAGGUACCACUGUACAGCUUUCAAAAGAUGCACUAAUUGUUGAUCACAUGGCAGCACAUAAAGAUAACAAAACAACUUUCCACUGCAUCAAACUAUACUGUUUGAGAUGUUCUUUAAAAAAAACAAAAACAAAAAAAGCUUUCUCAAAACCGUUCACUUUUCAGAUACUUGGAAAGUUUUUAUUUUUAUUUUAAAGUUUAGCACUGUGAAACGGUCCAUUGCUGCUGUAUACAUGAUAACUGAACAUCUAAGCUUUUAUCUUACCUUGGGCCAGCAAUAAGUAGAAUGUGACAGUGAAAGAGGUAUAGACAGGGUUUUGGGUUUUUUUAACUGCAACUUUUUAAUUAAAUCUUAGUAAAGCUGCCAACACAAACUUGAUAAACUGCUAUUUCAACUGGCAGAGUCAUUGUGUUGACGUGAGAUGUUGGUGUUGCUUUUUCAGAGUACAGGGUCAGAUUUAAGGUGCUGCUUUUGACCUUUAAAGCCCUUCACGGCCUAGGACCCUCGUACCUACAGGACCGCCUCUCCCGGUAUGCCCCACGGAGAGCCUCAAGGUCCAUAAAUAACAACACCCUAGUGGUCCCAGGCCCUAAGGAAGUUAGAUUGGCUUCAACCAGAGCCAGGGCCUUUUCAACUCUGGCUCCGGCCUGGUGGAACGCUCUGCCUCAUGAGACCAGGGCCCUGCAGGAUCUGAUUUCUUUCCGCAGGGCCUGUAAGACAGAGUUGUUCCGCCUGGCCUUUGGCUUGGAGCCAAUUUGAUUCCCUCCCUCUCUUUCUUUUUUCCUUUCCUUCUCCUCCUGCGAUGAGGCUACAUUUUAAUAUUUUAAUGUUUCAAUAUUUUAAUGUUGUAUUUUAAUUUUGUUUUUAAGUUGUAAUCAUUCAACUUGUUUUUAUUAUUGCUUUUAAGCCGCUCUGAGCCCGACCUUGGCUGGGGAGGGCGGGGUAUAAAUAAAAAUUAUUAUUAUUAUUAUUAUUCACUGCUUAAUUGGCUAACUUGUAUGUCCAGCUUUUGAUCCUCCUUGCAGCCAUCAUGCUUUAGGGCAGUGAUACAUGUUGUGUAUCAGUCUUAAUGGAUAAGAUACUUUCAAGGCAAGUGCAGGCUGUGAUUGAGGAGGUGGCACUCAGUACCCCAUUAAUGCUGGACAGCAUUGUGUUGUGAGUCCAAAUAUGGUGGCUGACUGUGCAGAAAGGGAGAGUUUCGGAACUUGGCAUCCUAAUUUAAUUCCAUCUUGUUUUAAUAUGCUGCCAAUCCAUGUUCUCUGCACUGAAUUCCCUUCUAAGCUAAUGUUUGGUGGCAGAUUAUAUCAUGCCUUUAGAUAUGGUUUGUUAAGGGAUUUGGCAUUUCCAGUUCGCUACAUUUUCCACAGGACCGGCCUGUAAGGAAACUACAGGAACGUGGACUAAGAGAUUUUGAAAACAUGUAAAUACUGUACUUGGGAGCCACAAGGCAUUAUUGGAAAUUUUACAGAAGAAAACUUCUAGGCUUGGUUUGGAUUUGUCUAAUAAAUCAGUUUCCAGCAAAAACAGUGAAGCACGUUUUGCAUAGUGAACGUUCCCUAUGACAUAAGCUUUAAUGAGCAAGAUCCCACUUUAUCGAAUGCAUGAUAAUAGAUAAAAGUUCAGGGGUUUGUCGGAUAUGACCGUUAAGGUAUCAGUUAAGUUUUCUAAAGGAAUUAUCCUUUGUGCAUCCAUGUUUCACACUUACGUUAACUCUCAGGACAGAAGUGGUUCAUCAUUGACAUGACUACUUACUGUACUGAGAUAGAAACAGUAGUUUGUGCCUAAAUGGUGGGGAAGAGAAUGGGAAUAUGUUAUUGGGUUGGCCCAGAAGCUGAGGUUGCAGCUGCUGUCUGCUUAGGCGGCAGCCUCCUUAAAAGCUUGUUAACAGCAGGUGUUAAUGAAGUGCUAAUGAAGCAGUUUGCCAGAAGCAAACCAAAGGCGCUCACUAGCCUCUUCAUCUCAACAGGAACCUCAAUGGUCCCCUAGUACAAACUGGUUUAUUAGAUGGAGUCAAAUAACCUGUAACAGAUGAAGCCUUUACUUCUGGAAAGUGGGUUAGCAACACAUUGAUCAUUUGUAGUUGCCUAGCGACUGUUACACACACACACACACACACACACACACACACACCAUGGAAUACUGUCCCAACGCAAGCAGUACUGAUACUUGCACAAUUCUAUUUUCCAGUGAAAUUCCAAAAGAGAUUCUUCCAAGAGAUCUUGUUCAAUAUCACUGAGUAUCCACAGAGAAUCAUAGUUGGUGGUGAUGGCUUUUAGUUUAAUACUGAAAGUUCAGGUGAUUGCUUCCACAUUCGGCAUGUACUGUGGUGUUGCCAUACUUUGUUUACCCACUUUUUAUGGGGCAUCUACAUGAUCUCAUGUACUAAACCCUCCCUCUUAGUCCUGUUCAGCUUGGUUCCCCCCGACCAAGUUCAGAAAAUGGUUGUUGUUUUUAGAGCAAUGACAUAGCAGCACAAUUUCCCCUUAUGUACACAGCAUAUCAUGCUCCUAUGCUGUUCAGUUGUGGUGUAUAUUUCUGCUUGUGGGUGGGCGCCAUUCAGCCAGUUAUUUGGCAUCUGUGAUGGGGAUUAAGGUGGACCCAGUGGCAUUAGUCACAGUGGCAUGGAGGUAUGGCCUUUGGUCCAUUGAAGCAAAGACAGAAAGUCUUCCAGAGCAUACCCAUAUCUGUUCACAGUCAAACAAUCUUGAACAAGCAUGUGUAAGUGAAAUGUUUCAUUGCUGCACACCACCCUGAUAUUGCAGUAUAUAAAUGGUGGUAUAUAAUUACUUUUAAAUAAAACUAAAGGUGAAAUGGGUAGUACUAAUUUUCGAGCAAACUACAGCUGCCUGCCCAGCAACUUGGAAGAAGAACUACAGAGAAUUAUGAUUUUAGUGUUUUCCCCUAAAAGUAAGCUCAGGAAUAUGCUGCAAGCUCAAGGCUUGGUAGUGUGGCCUUUUCAAGGCUCGACCCACAACGGUAGAACUCCCUUAUGCCAAAAAAGGAAGAAGAAGGAAAAAAACCACCAGUCCCACUUGGCUGGCCUCCUUUUUUGGAGAGCUGUAAAUACUUUUCUCUUUUCUUUUCUUUUCUUUUGGAUGCUCUCUCCAGCCAGUCGGUGGUUGGGAGUUGUCAUUGUGACUUCCAAUUUUACGUGGAAAUUGACUUGAACUUCUUAUAGGUUUACAUUCAUAAUUCCUUUAUUCAUUUGGAUGAGAAAUGCCAUAAUAUUUUGUUAUGCUUUGAGGAUAUAAAUGCAUACAUGUCAGUAAAAGCCAGUGGCUUCACAGUGGAAGCCUUAACCAGUCAGGUAUCAAAACAGCACACGAAAAGCCCCUGUCUUUGCGUGUCCUGUCUAGCCCCCUGAAACACAGCUUGUAAACUACAGGUCCUGCAUGCAGAAUCUUGAAGCUCUGACAAAGACUGUGUUAGCUCCCAAUCUGCCAGUUCUGGUCUCUUCCCCCCACCCUCUUUCCUCUUAUGCUUCCUGAAACAACUCAGAGAGGGGUGCCUGUUUGAGCACACCCUGAUCAAUCCCUCCAAGGAAAGGGGAUGGAUUAAGGUGAGAUGCAACAAGAAGAGGGUUCCCUGGUUUUUUCUUUUCUCUCUUCUUCUAGAAACAUCACACAGAAGAUAAGAGAAUGGUGGCUAUGUUUGCUGUCAGGGGCUAGCCCAGGGGCCAGCAAACCUUUUCAGCAGGGGGCCAGUCCACUGUCCUUCAGACCUUGUGGGGGGGCCAGACUAUAUUUUGAAAAAAAAUAUGAAUGAACUCCUAUGCCCCACAAAUAGCCCAGAGAUGCAUUUUAAAUAAAAGCACACAUUCUACUCAUGUAAAAACACCAGGCAGGCCCCACGAAUAACCCAGAGUUGCAUUUUAAAUAAAAGGACACAUUCUACUCAUGUAAAAACAUGCUGAUUCCCGGACCGUCCGCAGGCCAGAUUUAGAAGACGAUUGGGCUGGAUCUGGCCCCAGGGCCUUAGGUUGCCUACCCAUGGGCUAGCCUGUCCUUCACUCUUGUACAAAGUGGCCCCAGUGGAAGUGUAAUCACCAGCCAGAAUCUUAGAUGUUUCUGAGUGCUUCAUUCAGACAGAGAGACUGAGCCAGGUCACAUGGCUGAGUGAAUUGUAUUCCAAGCCUGUGUUCUAUAACAUUCUGUUUAGCAAUGUCAUCAUCAGAAGACUUGUUUUCCUGAUUCUAUAAUUAUUCUUUGGAAUGCACUCCCACCCACUGUCUUCCCUCCCCCCACACUGCCAAGACAGCUUUUGUAACAAUUGGACCAAGAGCAAGAAACUCAUUGUGUGGGGCUGCUGGGGGUGGGCGGGGACAGGAGAGGCAUUCAGCAAAUUUCUACAUACAAAAAUGGCAAAAGUACUGUGUCACGUCAUAACUCAAUGCUUGCAAAUAGAAAGGAGGUGUGUGUAUAACAUAAGAGCCUGUUCCCAGUUAAUAUUUAUUUCCUUUUAAGAAAACUGUUUUUAUUUUAUUUUUUUCUGACAGAGCUACCUAAAGAAGUCAUGCAAUGGAAAGGUGGGAAGUUUCCAUUGUUGUAGAUCGCAGGAAUCCUGUGAACUGCAACUCCCAUCACUCUGAACCAGCAUGGCCAAUAGUCUGGGGUGGUGGAAGUUGUAGUCCAACAACAUCUGGAGUGCCAGAAGUUCCUCACCGCUGUUGCAGAUGUUCCUUCUCACCAGCUGGAGCUUUUGAUAAAUCAAAUGCUGAAGUACAAAGUGCUUUCAGUAUUGCAGACACUUCUUAAUUGCUUUCACAAAUUGUGUUGUGCCAGUCAGUGUCGACGUUGCAGGGAGCAGCCGCUGUAAUGUUUGCACGGGCCCUGGUUGUCCGCAUGCUAGGAGGACUUGCACUGCAAAUGUGCAACAAAAGAUGCUUAUUUUUCUUAAAGUACCUGCAGGAUUCACCCAAGUGCUAAAGAGAGAGCAUAGGAAGUCCUGACAAGAAGCAGCGUCUACUGUCCAAGGGGCUUGCUCUGCUGCGACAAGCCAAGGAGUGAAUUAAAUAACAUUAAAAGAUAAGAAACUGAGCUCGUACAUCUCAGUGUAGUGACUUCUCCAUUGAUAAAUGGUAUAUUUAUGGUACCUCAGUUCUAAACCAGGCCUUUAAACACAUUAUCAACCUUUUGCUUGAUUGCUGGGUGGAGGUUUUUUUUAAUUGGAGGAAGGUCCAAUUAAAAAUAGGAGGAAGGUCAAUUUUGAGCAAUUCAACUGGGCAGAGAAUACAUACAUAUUGACCUGAAAAUGAUAGACUAUAGUAUGUUAUAAAUGAUGACCUGAUUUUUCAUUAAGAAACUCCAACCGUAAUGCAGAGGGGACAUGGCCGCAUAGGGUACUUACUCCCCCUCCUAAAAAUAGUUUCAGGAAGCAGUGUUCAGAAAUAGAGUAAAUAACAGGUUUGCUUGGCUAAACCUACUUUACCCAGUGAAAAUGUUACCCAGUUUCAGGAAACAGUUCUAAAUGCUAGGAAAGCAAAUGCAAUUGUCCUCUAAAGUUACAUUCUUCUACCCCAGUUUUGCUGCAGUACACUGGCAUGAUACAUUGACCAGAGGUCAAGCGAUAUGUUCUGAGGGCUAACAGGAGCAGCAUUCAGCGUACUGCCUCUGUUUAAACACUGCCCCUCUUCUCCAGUGUAGUUUCAUUGUACUUCUCUAAACUCCAACCCACAUAUGAUAAUAAUCAACCCCAUAUUUGUUACAAUAACAAGUCUCAUUAGAACACUGGUUCCAAUCAUGGAGCGGCGGGUGGGAGGGAGGGUUUAUUUAAUGCUGGUGACUUCAUCUGGAGUGAUGUCACUGUUAAGGAAAAACACUGAACUCCCAUGAAACAGUUCAGCCUUGGAUUCCUUGCCCUUGUAAAUCGUUGGCUUUAAAGAGACAAAACAUCCCAUCCAGCACAUCUAAUCCUGGAUGGUUUUCCAUAGAACUAGGAAUCAUUCAGUCCCUGAACAGACUUAGAAAGCAUCAGGGCAUAAAGGCAAUUAAAGAAUACUGAGUAUAUGCUUGUCCAGUGUCCUUGUCACAGCAGAACAAACAUUAGGCCCCACUGCCUUGUCAAGCUCUCCUCUGUCAGCAGUGUGGAGUACCCUUACCACAGUCCACACAAGUUCAGGAACUAGGAGCCAGGCCUCAAUAUCAGCUUCUUCCACUUCUCCCUUUAUGAUUGUUGCACUGGUGUCAAAAAGCAUGAAAUGUAAAGGAGAGCAGAGCAGAGUGCAAAGGCCAUGGAAGCUGGGUGCAGAAAGGGUGGCAGUCUGUGGAGCAGGAGAUUUGGAUGACGGAUAUGUUCAGGCCAAUGGGUUAGGAAACUAGGAAGGUGCUGCACACUGAGUCAGGCCCAUUGGUCCAUCUAGCUCAGUAUUGUCUACACUGACUGGCAGUGGCUCUCUGGGGUUUCAGAUGACAUUCCCAGUGCUACAUGGAGAUGGCAAGGAUUGAAACUGGGCUGUUGUGCAUGCAGAUGGGGACUGGAGGGCCAGCAGUGGCAAGUGGCAAAGAGCUUACAUGUUGGAGAGUUGAGCAUGCAAUGGGUGCUCACACCACCAGGGCAACUGGGGGUGGCAGCAGUGCCAUAUUUUAAGAGGCAAAAUGUGAGAAGGUGACACAUUGGGAUUUGAUAGCAAGAGGGGUUUUUUUUCUGAAUUAACUGCUGGCCUUACAAAACCUUCCUCGCCCUCAUAAAAAUGGAUAACUUUGUUGUGACAAUUAAUUUCAUUUAAAUUGUUCCCCGGCUGACCUGGAAUGAAUACAGUGGUACCUCAGGUUAAGAACUUAAUUUGUUCCGGAGGUCCGUUCUAGUCUGAAACUGUUCUUAACCUGAAGCACCACUUUAGCUAAUGGGGUCUUCCGCUGCUGCCGUUCGAUUUCUGUUCUCAUCCUGAAGCAAAGUUCUUAACCCAAGGUACUAUUUCUGGGUUAGCGGAGUCUGUAACCGGAAGCGUCUGUAACUUGAAGCGUCUGUAACCCGAGGUACCACUGUACUUGUGUGCAUUCUGUUAUAUGCAUUGUGUGGUUGGUGUUGGGAUGAAAAGGUGUUGGGAGGCAAAGCUUAACGAAUGGGCAAAUGUCGUGGUGCAGAUUUGCUGUUAAUCCAUCCAUUUCAUGAUGGAGCAGGAGCUGGGCAAUGGCCAGAAAUAAGGACAGCUUGGGACUCCUGUCCAGAACAGUCUUUAAUGAGAUACAUAGUUUUCUCCUGGGUAUGGAGGGGGUGGAGAGGUGAAGUUCAAAGAGUUGCAGGAAGAGGAUGUAAUGUACUGCACUGCCACUCCUGAUCACAAGGGAGAUGCAAUGGAUUGUGCAGGAAACUGCCGGCUCAGACAUUAGCUGUUUAGUCUAGUACUCUGCCCACUAUACCACACUUCCUCCUGCUUUCUGUUGGUGCUUUGGGACCAAGCUUGUAUCAAACGGAUGAGCAGGGCUUCAGUUUGCUGUGCAGAUAUAUUGACUUGCAAAAACAAAAGGCACCAGAGCUGUUUCCUUCACCCCUGCCGCCUGCCAUUCACUAGGGUGGUUGGAGGAAGCGGGGAAAGGGAUGUUGUCCCUUUAAGCAGCUGAGCGAACCAUAUGCCAGUAGCGUAGCCCUUGAGUUAAACUGCAUGUCUGUGUGCUGAGUAAGGAAUGCGGUUGCAUGCCUGACCCGUUAGCUAUGAGUGCUCCUUAGUGGAUCAGCACGGCUGUUGCUCAUGUGCUGAUCUCAUUCAGCCUCAUUGGAGCUGGCGCUGCACAUACACAAGGAGUGGAGAGAGGGGGAGAAUCGUUCUGCUGAGAAGGAGCAGGAAUAUUCCUGUCCUGCUCCCUCCCUCCCCUUUUUAUUUCUCCAAGAAGCUGGAUCUAGGGGUGUUUCGGGCUCCCCUACUUUUUUGGGGGAAUAGGAGGCUUCCACCCACCCACCUCUGGCAACUGUCGUUUUGCGAGGGCAGGAGGUAGCUCUUGGAGAGAGACGCUGCGCAGCUGCCUGGAUGCCUUUGGAUGUUAUGAUUGCUCCCUCUGAGGACCAGUUCUGGCCAGACAUGCACAAAGAGCAGAUGAAGCUGAAAAUCAGGGUGAGACGGAUGAAGGAGAGCAGGGAGAUGCGAGGUUGGUUCCCUGGAUUUCCCAUCCCUUUUAGAUGGGGGGUGUGCACGAGAAGUGAAUGGGGAUGGGACUGGAGUGUGCUUGGGGGGUGCGGGGGGGGUGGAGGAAUCGAUUCUGUUGCCUGAACCAUGUCUCCUGCCUCCCGAGUGUGCCAAGUGGGGAGGGGGUUGGCAGCUGGCAUCUUGCCAUCACAGGACUGGGACAAGUUUAAAAUUCUGGCGGCAGGAGGGGGAGAAUGCCCAUCAUUUCUCCAGCCUUCGCGGAUGCAGGACACAACAGGCAGCAAUCCUGAGCACGCGCAUGAAAAUCUCAUUUGUGAGACUUACUUCUGAGUCAACAUGUUCAGAAUUGGGCUGUUGGAAUGUGACAGAGUAACACUCCCUCUUCCCCAGAAUAAUCAGAAAAUGUGCUGCUCUUUCAGUGUAGGUCUUCUCUCUGUCUGUCUGUCUGUCUGUCUGGCUGUCUGUCUGUCUGCUGCAAGAAGAUGGGCAUUGGGUGAUGCUUGCCUUGAGUCCCUCUGUGUUCCUGCAUGUGCACUGCUGCAGCACUCAUCUGAAAAAAGAGUUGCUUCCCCUUUAACAGGGUCUGGAUUUUUUAAAAAAGGAUGGGGGGGGUCUUAAUUUCACAAUGAACUGGGAUCUUUAAAACUGGAAUAUAAUGGGAAACUCAGAGGAGUGAGGCAGAUUCUUUCUUUCUUAUGUAACUCACCACAUUCUCCAGGGGCAGAAGGGUAGGGAGCUGUGGAAAUUUCCUGGGGACAUCCCCAUGCAUGAGAAAGCAUCUUGCAUUCACUGCUACCUUCUUUAGAGGUCACUUUCUAUCAAGUGGAUGUGCAGAUGGAAGGAAAGGAAGGAAAGGGGGAAUUACCUUCUAGAAAGGCAAAAGAAGAGAAGAGGCACAGAGGAAGAUGGGGGCACUAUGCUGUCCCUAGCUUUAGAUCUUGUGCAUUUGCUUUGCUGCUCAAUAUGCCUGACUGCAUUUCUCUACUGAGAAUGACUCCUUUAUUGAAAAGGCAUCCAUAGUGGUUUAUUACUUGCAGGGCUAGCCCAAGAGGUGAGAAGAGAAAUGAAAAGCAGCUUUAAAAAGUAGAAUGACCUACUUUUACCAAACGAUGGAACCAUGAAACUUUCCCACAGCCCUUGCACUCUUUACAAAAUCAGAAUUCUCCUGCAGCGCUUGGAAGCCCUUUUGUGUCAUGAGAUGCAUAGCCCAGCGAUUGUGUCAUUAGUAAUAAGUCAUUUAUGGAAAUGACACAUUUUUCUUUACUUAGAACCAGUAGAGCUGGUCCUGGUGAGGCACAUUUACCAGAGGAAAAUCUGGACCGGCAACUUAGGAGGGCUGAUUCUUUCAAGGGUGUUAUUGCCCAAUGCUUUUUUUAAUAGAAAAAUAUUGGUGUUAAUGGUUGCUUUCCUAUUUACGUAAGGUCUUGCACCUUGGAGAAAUAUAACAGUUGGCAAAGAUUCAAAAAAUGAAGCUGACUGACUUGAGGACAGGGAAUGUGGAGUUUCCCCCCACUCUCCCUUAUGGAUUCUUCUUUCUGUUGUACACGCAACCCAAAACUGCCUGCCCACCAGAUGUUAGUUAGCUCAGUAAAAGCAAGAACCAUACUUACUUCUAUCCUCUGAUACUAGUAUAGACAAUCAGCACUGGCUAUAUGCUGCAUAUAACAUGCCUAAAACAGGGUUUUUUGUGGCGGGGGGAGCAUAGAAUAGGUAGAAGUGUGUGUAGAGGUUUGGGUCUUUGUAUGGUGGUGAACUAAGGUUCCUGUUCCUUCAGCUAGGAAGAAUUUAGAUGUGAUAGUCUUUCAUCUGACAAAUAAUUGAGUUUGGCAGUGUCAAAAUUGUCUGAAUUGGGGGGAACAGAAAUCGAUCACCCCAGAGUUAAAGAUAACUGAUGAUGAUGAUGAUGAUGAUGCCACCAGCAAAAGUGCCACCAGCCAUGGUGACAAAGGCAUGAAAACAGAGAUUACUUGAUGCAGCACAGGAAGAUGGUGAGAGUCAAUAUAGUAGGGGGCUGUGAGGGGAACAGCUGCAAAGACCAACCGAGCCCUUUCACUGCAGUAAUAGAAUUCAAAUAGGAACUUGAUGAGGUAAGAUCCUAAAGCCAUUUAAAAUGAGGGAUCAGGGGAGGCAGUCUCCAGAGACCUAAGAGAGAGUGUCAAUUCUUUUUUUCCCCUUUUCAGAAAGCUGCUUUAACUGCCAUUUUAGAAGCCGGUGUUUGGCUUGGGCGAAACAGCAAAUGUUGCCCUUGCAAAAGGGGCCAGUGAGGCUGCAUUGAAAAAAUGUGCUGAACAUUCCAUCCGCUUUGAUACAUACGAAAAGGGGCUUUAUGUGGAAUUGGCCAAUGUCCAGCAAUGGGUGAGAUAAUCGAGCCGAUAUAAGGAGUAGAACACCAUUUGUUACUUGAGGAAGGAAGUCAGAACUGACUUUUGCUAAUCCUAGAAGGGGUGGGGGUGGGGAAUGCAGCCAAGUGUCCUUUCCUCGUGAAUUUCAGAGAAUAUUUUGCUGUUUCAGGUCUUGAUAUAUCCCACCCACACUCUUCAGUUAUGACAGCUCUCCCUUACUUACCCUAAUAAGAACAGAGGCCAAAUUCCCAUAGCAAUAUAGUGUGAUCUGCCUCUGUCACUUGCUUGUUCUGCUGUUUCUCCAUACUCAAAAACUCAUACCUGUGCAUGGGAGUGAAGGUGUGAAGUAGCCCUGGAAGUGGUGUCACUGCUCUCCUCCUACUUAUUUAGCCAUGUUGAGAGAGUAGCAAUGCUCCAGUGUGACAGCUAAGCAGGGUUUUGUAUGUGACCAAAACAUAUAGCUCAUGCUGGAGAAUUCUGCUUUGUGUGGGAACAAAAGAACCAAAAUCAGGGCUGUUGUCUUGCACGUAAAAGCAAGACAGCAGAGCAGACAGCAGAGCAGACCAUCUAGCUGCAAAAAGGAAGUAAUGGUUGUGAAAGCCAAGGAAUUUUCUGUGGCAGGACUGAGUAAGAUUUUCAAGUGCUGUGAUUUCAUCAUUGGCGAGGCUUGUAAUGGAAGCCAUCCUUAAGCAAAAGUACCGGACAUUGAACCGUAUAUCUUGAAUUCAGUAAGCCUUUUGACAAAGUCCCCCAUGAUAUUAUUGGGGAGAAGCUGGUAAUAUAUGGACUGGACAAGGUCACUGUUAGGUGGAUUUGUAGCUAACUGAACCCCAAGAGUGCUCACUAAUGGUUCCUCAUCAUCUUGGGAAAAAGGGACAAGUGGGGUGCUGCAGGGUUCUGUCCUAGGCCCAUUGUUGUUCAGCAUCUUUAUAAAUUACUUGGAUGGAUGAACUGAGGGGAUGCUCAUGAAAUUUGCAGACAAUGCCAAGCUGGGAGGGGUAGCCAAUGCAUUGGAAGACAGAAUCAGGAUUCAAUAUGACCUUAAUAGAUUGGGAGACUGGGCCAAAACUAACUAAAUGAAUUCCAAUAGGGAGAAAUAUCAGGUUCUACACUUAGGCAGGAAGAACCAUAUAAGAAUAUAAGAUGCAGGGCACCUGGAUUGCCAGUAGUACAUGUAAAAAGGAUCUAGGGGUCUUAGUAGAUCACAAUUUGAACAUGAGUCAACAGUGUGAUGCAGCAACAAAAAAGGCUAAUGCUGUUCUAUGCUGUGUCAACAGAAGUACAGUGGUACCACCAGUUGCGAAUGGGAUCCGUUCUGGAGCUCAGGUCGCAUCCCGAGGAAUUCACAACUGGAGGUGAUGCUUCUGUGCAUGCGCAUGACACAGUUUAAUGCUUCUGUGCAUGUGCGCAGCACAUAGAGCACUUCUGUGCAUGCGUGCAGGGCGAAACCCGGCAAAAUACUUCCGGGUUUGCUGCAUACGUGUCCCGAAGGAUACAUAACCAGAGGUGAACGCAAGCAGAGGUACCACUGUAUAGUGUUCCAAUCAAGGGAAGUUAUAGUCCCACUCUAUUCUGCCUUUGGCAGACCACACUUGCAGUACUGUUCUGGGCACCACAAUUUAAGAAGGAUAUUGAGGAACACGUGCAGAGGAGGGUAAACAAGAUGAUAAAGAACGUGGAAACCAAACUUUAUGAGGAAUGGUUGUGGGAAUUGGGUAUGUUUAGCCUGGAAAAGAGGAGACUAAGAGGAGAUAUAACGGUCAUCUUCAAAUGUCUAAAGGGCUGUCACAUAAAAUAUGGAACAAGCUUGUUUUCUCCUGCUCUGGAGUGUAGAACCUGAACCAAUGGCUUCAAGUUAAAAGAAAGGAGAUUCCAACUAAACCUCAGGAAGAACUUUCUGACAGUAAGAGCUGUUUGACAGUGGAAUGGACUUCCUCAAGUGGUGGCGGACUCUCCAUUUAAUAGUUUCAAGCAGUGAUUGGAUGGCCAUUUGUCAUGGGUGCUUUAGUUGAGAUUCCUGCAUUGUAGGAAGUUGGACUCGGUGAAUGUCAGGAUCCCUUCCAACCCUACAAUUCUAUGAUUCGCCAGUCUGAGCUGCCUUUAGUGCUCUUCAGUAUUUUAUAUUUUUUUCUAAAGUUAUAUUCAAGGGCUUAAUGUGUUGGAAUAGUUAGAAAAUUCAUUUAAAAACCGAUAGACUUCAUUUUCUUCAUUGUAGAUGAGCAAUUAAGGGACGGAUAUUCUAACACAGGCGUAGGCCCUCCAGAUGUUUUGGGACUACAACUCCCAUCAUCCCUGACCACUGGUCUUGUUAGCUAGGGAUGAUGGGAGUUGUAGUCUGGAAUGCCUGUUCUAACACCGCAUACAUAGCAUGAUACAUACCUUUGUACUUUGUAUCAGUCAAUAUUAAAGAAUUACCACCCUGAUUUCAUAUAUAGUAUCACUAAAGUUAAUUAGAAUCCCCAUCUCACCCACACUCAUGCACUGAAAACCUGCAGGCUGGGGGAAGUGCACCUUUUCACAAAUCUGACUCUGACAAUGGUAGGGUGGUAUAAGGAUUUACAGUGUCACUAAACUGAGUUCAAGUGAUUUUAAGUAGAUGCAUUUUGUCAUUCUGCCCACCUAUGGCUUAAAUGGGGGGGGGGUCCUAGCUAGGCAGUGUAGACUUCUUUAUUUCCUCUUCAGUAACACAGUAAUGUUUAGUUUUGUCUUAGGGUAAAAGAAGGUUUUCAGCAGUACUCUUGGAAGAACUUUCAUGAGUCCACCCAGCAGACUGCUAGUCCAUUGUUGAUGCUGCCAAGCACAUCAGAAAUUGACACCAGCACUAAAGUGCAACCCCAACUGAAAGUCUUAACAGUGUGCAUUGUUAUCAUGUUCAUGCAAGGAACUGUGGCAAUAGCAAAUUGUGGGACAACUGCUGCAGGAUGGGGAGAAAUUGAAAUUACACUGCAAGGUCAUAGGGUGCCAUUGAGAUAAUGUGAAUGUGUGUGUGCGUGUGCACACACAUACACAGUUCCAUAUAUCCCUUGAGCAUCUUUUCAAGAAUAUAGUUCUCUGCAGGAGCUGCAGAAAACGUUGCACAUUGACAGCUCUGUGCUGGGGGAUGGAAAUUGAGUCAAAAUCAGGGGUCAGCAAACUUUUUCAGUUGUGGGCCAGUCUACCAUCCCUCAGACCAUGUGGUGGGUUGGACUAUAUUGUGAAGGGGAAAAAAUGAACAAAUUCCUAUGCCCCACAAAUAACCCAGAUGUGCAUUUUAAAUAAAAGGACACAUUCUACUCAUGUAAAAACACGCUGAUUCCCGGACCAUCCAUGGGCCGGAUUGAGAAGGUGAUUGAGCCGCAUCCGGCCCAUGGGCCUUAGGUUGCCUACCCCUGGUCUAAAUCUUACCCUAGAGUAGGUGCCCAAAUCUCUAGUCACAGGUACCGUAUUUUUCGCCCUAUAGGACGCACUUUUUCCCCUCCAAAAAUGAAGGGGAAAUCUGGGUGCAUCCUAUGGGGCGAAUGCAGGCUUUUGCUGAAGCUUGGAGAGCGAGAGGGGUCGGUGCGCACCGACCCCUCUCACUCUCCAGGCUUCAGGAACACAUCCGCAGCCUAAGCAGCCCUGCGGGAGUUCCCGCAGGGCUCCCUACGCUGCGGAUAGCAGCCUGCUGCCUGGAGCGCCAGGCGCGCUGAAAGCAGAGCGCCCGGCGCUUCGGGAACACACCCGCAGCCUACGCAGCCCUGUGGGAGUUCCCGCAGGACUGUCUAUGCUGCAGAUAGCAGCCUGCUUCCCAGAGCGUCAGGCGCCCUGAAAGCAGAGCGCCCAGCGCUUCGGGAACACAUCCGCAGCCUAGGCAGCCCUGCGGGAGUUCCCGCAGGGCUCCCUACGCUGCGGAUAGCAGCCUGCUGCCCGGCGCGAGGGGCGCCCUGAAGCAGAGCGCCCCGCCCGCCGGACAGACAUCCGCAGUGUGUUGGAGCCCUGCGGGAGUUCCCUGCAGGGCUCCCCACGCUGCGGAUAGCAGCCUGCCGCCCGGCGCGAGGGGUGCCCUGAAGCAGAGCGCCCCGCCCGCCGGGCAGACAUCCGCAGCGUGUUGGAGCCCUGCGGGAGUUCCCCGCAGGGCUCCCCACGCUGCGGAUAGCAGCCUGCCGCCCGGCGUGAGGGGCGCCCUGAAGCAGAGCGCCCCGCCCGCCGGACAGACAUCCGCAGCGUGUUGGAGCCUUGCGGGAGUUCCCUGCAGGGCUCCCCACGCUGCGGAUAGCAGCCUGCCGCCCGGCGUGAGGGGCGCCCUGAAGCAGAGCGCCCCGCCCGCCGGACAUACAUCGGCCAGCCCCACAAGCUCGGGGGACAGCAAGGAGGCGCAGUACCGCCACCCCGCUGUUCCUCGACCUGGUUCGGUUUCCCCGACCUGCUUUUGGGGGGGAAAUAAAGGAAUUCCCCCCCUUUAUUUCCCCCCAAAAAAACUAGGUGCGUCCUAUGGGACGGAGCGUCCUAUGGGACAAAAAAUACGGUAGUUUUAAAUGCUUUAUCAACCAGACUUGCCUAGCAGAUGGCUUCAAGCUCUAUUGUCUGAGGGGAUCACAUAUCCUUAAAGUACAUAAAAUGGGAGAUGAUAUACCAUAUUUUUCGCUCUAUAACACACACCUGACCAUAACACGCACAUUGUUUUUAGAGGAGGAAAACAAGGGAAAAAACAUUCUGAAUGAAACAUUGGAUGUAUCAUUUUUGUGCUUCAUGCUGUGGCCACAGACAUGUGAUCUGAUGGUGAAUUUGGGGUGACCCAAUGCAAAAAUCCUGAGAAUCCCUGUGGAUCCAUGCUUUGUAACCACGUUUUUGCACCAUUGCAGCACCAGGCAACAGUGGGUGCGUGAUUUUUGGGGGGCAGGCUGUAGCCAUGGACAUGCUAUGUGAUCUGAUGGUGAAUUUGGUGUGACCCAAUGCAAAGAUCCUGAGGAUCCAUGUGGAUUCAUGCUUUGUAACCACAUUUUAAGUGGGGAGGGAAGGAAAAACACAGAAGGGACAAGGAGCACGAGAGGGGUGUGCAGAGAAGCAGCUGGCUAAGAAUGCAGGAGAGGGGUAUAACGGGAGGGAGGAAAGGAAGGCAAAAGUUUCCCCCCACCCACCCAAGCCAGCCAGCUCGCGCUCUCUCUCUCCCACCUGCAUAUUUUCCGGCUGCCUGAUAUAUAUUUUUUUUAAUUGCCUUGACAGAAGAAAGCAUUUUAACUGCAUUAAGAACUAUUUAGCAGCGAAACCUAAGCUUUGCCAUCCCUUAAGAGGUACAGACACUGUAAUCUUCCAGAUCGCAUGAAUUUACAGGCAAAACACUGUUUAAGGAUUUCAUCCUUUUAAAUGGAAGAAAGCAUAUUUGAAUGCUGUGUGUCCUCAAAAACAAAAGCAAGAAGUCAAAUCAGAAUUUUAAGCUGAACCUGUAAUCUCUCUUCCCUUCACAAACAUUGUUCCCUCCGGAGCAUGGAGAGGAAUUAGAAGGAAGGACGCUCUGCUGUCCCCUCUGCUUGCCUGGAGGGGAGGGGCUUUCCCUGCUCUUUGUUCCGUUUGAGCAAACACAGCAACGAAACAGAGAGGGUGGGCAGUAAGACCCUGAGGCAGAAUGCAGGAAAGCAGCCGCUUCCUCUUUUCAGGUUUCCCUUCUCCGAGACACGAUUUGAUUUUUGCCUGAUUUUUGCCUCCACUCGCGCCAUUCGGCUCCAGGGACCACACAUUCACUCAAUAACACGCACAGACAUUUCCCCUUCCUUUUUAGGAGAAAAAAUCUGCGUGUUAUAGAGAGAAAAAUACGGUACCACUAUCUGCAGUUAAACAAAUACAAGGCCCUGAAUCAUUUGACAUCCUUUUACAGUUGCCUAGUCUUUGCUGUCCAAGAGAAGCCACAAGAUACAUUAUUUCUGAGCUAGUUGCUAAAGCCAAAGCCAAACUUGUCUCAGGACCUGUUUGCUGGGGAGAUCUUUCUCCACUCGUUGAUAGGCAGCUGGCUGGUUGCAGUGGCUUUUUCACUUAAAGAACAGUGUGAAAAUGCAUGUGUACCACAAAGAACGCUAAGGCUGCAUCUGCUCCCUCCACUGCCACUACACUGACAUGACAAAAAACAUGAGGGGUUUGGAGGUAUAUUGUUCUCUAGAUAAUGGACUGUGAAGUGCAGGCCUCAUUCAAGAGUUCCAUACAGAUGCUGGCACAAUGAUUGCAUCAAUGGCUGAGCAAGCCUUUUGUCCAGAUCCUGUGGCUUGGUUUUAAAUUGGUGCAGGAGUGACGUACAAUUGAUCAAUGCCACAAUGCAGAUUGCAAGGGCUGGUUGCACAUCGGCGCAUAAUGAUGUUAAACUAACCUGCUGCUUUGUUCCUGUGUAAAAACAGCUAGGGAAAAAAAAGAUGAAUUGUGAAUAAUCAGUGGAGUUAUCUUGGAUGCUGUGAUUGCUGACCAUUAUUCCUGUAUUUUUAAGGGAUAUUUCUAAUGUGUAGGCUCAAUGCUUGUUCAUGGUUUCAUAGACCAGGGAUCCAGAUAUGCUUUAUGCAAACGAGCCCAAUAUAUUUUAAUUGUUAUAGCAGCCAAAUAAUAAUGUAUGCUUGUUCAAGAAAUACAUUAAUUCAAAGUGAGUAUCUUUAUUGAAAUCACUGAUUUAAGACUGUCUUUUUAUUGGUGAUGUAAUUCAUGUUUUUAACAGCCUUAAUUUAAAUCAAUCCACCUUACGGGGGGGGGGGGGGGCAUUUAAACAUGGAAUCCACUUGUAAAACAGUAAAGAACAGAGGGCAGGGGAAAUAAAUGUUUAAGAUUAAGGAAGCAAAUAUUUAGAAAACUAAGAAAGAUGUUCAGUCUCAAAAAAGGGAAGGAAGAGCAAGGAAAGAAAACAUAACAAGAGGAGCAUGAGUGAGAUAAGUUGAAGGAACAAGAGAAAAUUAAAGUAACACAUUUGUCAAAGUUGGAGCAGUUAGCAGCUGUUGCAUGGCAGAUAGAUUCCACCAAAAUAGGAGACAACAUCAUUAGGAGAAAGGCAAGUUGGCAAGGCAGGGUUAGGAGAUGAAUAAAGAGAAAUAAUAUUUGACAAAAGGUGGCAAGGAUUAAGUGGUGAGCAAAAAAAUUGGGGGUGUGGGGGGAGAAGCAGAAAGAAAAAUAAAUAUUUUGUGACCAAAUAUUCAAACAUGACCACUGGAAACCAAGAGAAAUCAAGAGCUGAUGCCAAAGGAGAUCAGUGGACAGGUUAGAAGAAAAGUAAAGGAAAAGAAUGAGCUGUAAAAGAACUGACUGUUCUGCAAGGGAACACAGAAGAAUAGGUGGGGAAAGAAAUCAAGGGCAGAAGAAUAGAUUAGGAAGAAGAAGAAAAAGAAUCCAAAUCAAUACAAAACUAAGCAGGGGAGUAGUUGAAUUUAGAAGUAGAAAUCACAGAGGUAAUUAAAUUGUAGUUAGGAAGAGGAAGACAAAAUUGCAAAUACAGCACUGCAAAGUAAUAACUAAAUCAAGAGCAAUCUUGGGGAACUAGGGGAUUUCCAUGGAACUGUAGGGAAGCCAGUAUGUGCCAAUAUUUACAAAAGCGGACAAUCUUUGGUGUAGAGGAAUAAUAGAUUGGCUUACGCAUGAUCAAAAAGAUGCUAAGUGCUUAAAACAUAAAUAGCCACCAGGCACCACAUUAUGGUGGAAACUAGUUCUUUUCCAGCAAAUAGACUUUUUGAUACUUUGAUGAUGGUGAUGAUAUUUCUUUCACAUUUCUGGUUUUCAUACUAUGGUUAUUACAGAAGAGAAGGCUUUCUUAGUGAUCAGGCACUAACUUGGGGCUUGCAAGUCUAGCUUUGUUGACUUCAGUCUCAUGGAUGGAAAAGACAGCAUCUGCCUGAACUCUGGGGACUUUCUUCAGAGUUUUCCCAGGCAGCUGCUACCAGCUGGGCUCACUAGGCUGAGAAAGUGAUAAACCACGAAUGAGUUAGUUGGGUGUUGUGUCUAGAGAAAACCUUUUCCGUGUGUUCUUUGGGAGUGCAGCCAUUAGCUGCUGUGCCACAGAUUUCCUGUGUGGCCUUGGAAAAACCUGCUCUGUGUAACAUGCGAGAUAAAAGUAACAUUUCCACCUCAUUCUAAUACUGUGAACAGUGAUAUGCUCAAGACUGCAGGUGUUCUUUCCCUGCCCACCCCCCUAAUAUUCUUAAGAGGGUCUCUUCUCCAGUCUUCAGAGAGUAGCUGAAAGUGGCGAGGCAGAAAAUUGUCCUUCUUUCCUUCUACACUGCAGUUUUAAUCUGAAAACUUAGGCACAGUACUGCGCCCAGAGCUCAGAAACCUCUCACGCUAAUGAAAUUCCCUGUUGCAAAAUGCACCUAGAACAAUGGGAGUUUCUAACACUGCACUUGACCCUAUCCAAAUUGCCAUAACAAAACUUCUUUAUGUAGCUUGAGAGACAAAGUGCAAAAUUUCCAACUGUACCUGUGGUCCAGCAAAUUUCCAACAAAUCAUUUGCAAUGAGCAUGGCGUAGUGCAGACUGGGAGAAAUGAUGUUGGCUGCACAAAAAAUGACUGGUGAAUCAAGCCUCUCUAAUGGCCUAAACAAGACAAGGAUUAAGAAAGCUGUCUUCUGUGUCAUUACAAGCAUGCUCUUAUUUCUCUUGGAUGGUGUGAGGUGGGAUUAUUUAAUGUCUCCAAGAUGCUUAAAUAGAAAGGUUGAUUCAUGAGUAGCUUGAUUGCUAAAACGGGGCCUGCAUGUGGAGUAGUCCUAACCCUUUUCUGCUGACACCCAGGUGGUGCCCCUGUGACGUCCUAAUCACUUGUAACCUUUAUAUCAUAUGUUUUAAAAGAGUGUUCUCUCCAUAUUAGAUCCCAUAUCUACUCUCAGGUUAUAGGGCACUUUACUAUGCAUUUGCAUUCGAUGAAGCAGCACUUUCCUUCUCACAGACACUGCAGGCUGAAGGCUUGUUCACUCACAAGUUGCUAUCAGAGGUAAAAUGAAGGGAAGACGAGCACUCUAGUGCUUGCAAAUGAGACAUUUCAGGUAUCCACCUGGGCCAUUCAGAAAGCUGUUUGUGCAGAACCGUGAACCCCAUUCAUCACAGAGAGCAACCAUGUUCUUGAUUAUAUAACUCCUAGAUGAAAGAGGAGCCAGUGAAGAAAAUCCUCUUUGAGCUUUCCAGUGGCCAUGGAUUGCUUUUCAUCUCAUUUCAUCCACUGAUGUGUUUUGGGAACAUGUAAACACAUUCAAGGUUGAUACAUACCCAGUUAUUGUUAUUUUUUAAUUAUGCAUUAAAUUUGUAUACCACCCUAUACUUGCAGGUCUCAGUUCUGGUCACCGCAGUUUAAGCAGGAUAUUAAAAAGCUGGAAGGUGUGCAGAGGAGGGUGACCAAGAUGAUAAGGGGUCUGGAAAACAAGCCUUAUGAGGAAUGGUUGGGGGAGUUGGGUAUGUUUAACCUGAAGAAGAGGAGGCUGAGAGGUGAUAUGAGGGCCAUCUUCAAAUAUCUGAAGAAGGAGCAAACUUGCUUUCUGCUGCUCCAGAGGGGAGGACCCAAACCAACAGAGUUGAAUGACUAGAAAGGAGAUUCCAACUAAGCAUUAGGACACGCUUUCUGACAGGAAGAGCUGUUCAAAAGUGGAUUGAACCAGCUCAGAAGGUGGUGGACUCUUCUUGUUUAAACAGAGGUUGGAUAGAUAUAUGCCAGGGAUUAUUUAGUUGUAAUUCUUGCAUUUAGUAGUGUAACAAAUCAGGGUGGGGUGUACGGGCUGCACCAGGUUUGUGGGGGGCUUAGGCCAGUACGGUGAUCUGUAGGGCGGCACGAAGGCUGCUGCAUGUCAGGGAUUGAGAUUCUGUGUGGCAGGGGAGUUUGUGGGCGGCAUGGUGGUUCCUGGAGUUUUGGGUGCUCUGCAGUCCCUGAAAUCAGUGGAUGCCCUAAAAAAAAAAGCUCAACAACUUUGAUUUACCCCCGAAAGCUCCAAGCCACUGCUUGCAUUACCAGAGUUUGGACUAGAUAGCCCUUGUGGUCCCUUCCAUCUCUAUAGUUAUAAGUUAUAUCAUUCUGUGCUUGGUAAUCUUGUCUAAACCCUCCAGGAAAUCUACAGCUCUGGCCAGCCUCAGGAUUUUCGACAGGGCAAGGUAUCCUCUCUUGAAGCCUCAACCAGAUCUCCUAUUGGAAACAGCACUUAUAAGUAAUCUGAGAACUCUUUCUGACCACACUGUCCCGCAUACAGAUGCACUCCCUCUCUUAAUUCCACUCAUGCCAAGAUAAUACCACUCCUAGGCCAUAUAGCUUGACAAAUAAAAGAACCACAACUGUACAAGGCCAGGACUUUUGUUAUUCCCUGACACCCCCCCCCUUGCUUGAUCUGAUGCUAGAAGGGCAACUAGCAUGUGUUAAUAGCAAAGCCAACCCAAUCAUCAGUCAUGUCUGGAAUCCUGCUUGUGGCCUUUGCAUUUUUUGCAUUAAGCUAUGUUGACUUUUUAAGAUUAAAAGAGGUUUUAAGGCCACUAUUGUGGCUGAGAGGUCUGUUCCCCCCCUCUCAUUCCUUUGAAGGAUUGCUUAAACCCCCAUUUAGAUUAAGGAAAUUAACUAUUUAAUUGGAUAUUUAACCCCACCCCUGUUCCAGUGGGACUCAGGCAGACUUAAUGUUUCUUUAUUCUAUCCAAUAAAUUAGCUUAUACAGCCUUUGCAAGAUCAUGCUCAUAAUGAGGCCUGUAUCUCUGAAACAAAAGCUUGUUGGGAUAGGAGGACGUGUGCCAAGAGUAAUAUCAGAUGCUGGGCCCUCCUUCCAUCAACGAAUCCCCACUGGCAUUCUUAAUAGACCCUGCAUGCUUGCUUGCAUUUUCCUGAACAAAACUAGCAGUGAAUCUGCUGACAGUUAAAUUCCCUCCGCCUGUAUUUUCUAGUAAGGCUGUUACAGAUAAGAGCAGCCUGGGUCUGAGCAGAUUUCUCAGUGCCCCAAUUCCUCCCAGUUGAAAAUGGGCAUCAUAGGCAAGUAAAUGAAUGGCAUGUUUCUCCAUCUGCACAGAUUCUAAAACCUCAAGGGGGGCGUUUUUGCUGAAGUGAAUGGGAGCUGUGCAAGAGCUUAGCAGUGCCCAGUGGACUGAGCCCUAAGACAGAGCUACUGCUCCAACAUGGCAAGAGGGUAUUACUUAAAUUAGGAAGUGGUAGGGCACAACCCUGCACUACAUGACCUCCUUCCUAUGACACCCUGCAGCAUAGUGACAACUGGCAACCGCAUCACUCUGCAAUACAGAUUGCAACAGGGCAAGAAGGAACAGUGAUGCAUAGCACAUGUAUGACCAAUUCACACCACAGUACAGAUUAUUUAGCGCAUGCCCAGUGUAAAAUCAACCCAUAGCUUUGUGCUCCAGGACAUGCAACCUUGUAUCUUUGUCUCUUGCAUCUAUUGGGAGACAAAAAAGCAAGCAAAAAACAACAACCCCCCCUCCCUGCCUGACACGCUGAGUGCUGGCUAUUCUUAGCUUUUCUUCUGAGCAUUCAGAAAAACACAUUAGGGAAGGAGGAAAUUAUAGCUCAAUAGCAUGCAUAAGGGUGCCAGGCUCAGUUUCUGACACCUUCAGUGAAAAGAUCAUGAGCAGAAUAGAUCUGAUGGCAGCAGACCUGUAUGCUUAAAUGUGGCUCUACCCCCAACCAUAUGGGAGAAGGAAGGGGUGGUUUUUUAGGGACAAAUACAUGGCGACCCGGUGUUCACAGCUUACCUGUCCGCAGUUUCUGUGAUGGUUCUCUCCUUCUUUCCUUCUCAGCUAAACUCCAGUAGCAGGAGUGUUCUCAGCUGAGGAAAGUGCUUGAAGAGUAAGGACCACAGGGACAUAAGCUGCAAGCAAGGGGAGGAUUCUGCAUCCAUUUUGCUGUUAGAAACAGACCAUUUACUCCCUCUUUCUGCAGUUCUGUCUUGAGGGGGUUGAGUGGAGAGAUCUAUAUCUAAAUGCACAGAGCUGCCAGAGCUAGUUUGAACCUUAGCCUUAGAGAGCCUCUACCACUCAGAAUACACAAUUCUGUCCUCUAGAUGGACCAGUUGACUCAACUUGGCAUAACACUGCUUCAUCCAUUUGCAACAAUACAACAAGUUGUGUAGAGGAUGACUUCUUUUGUCUAGUCUUUCCAGAUGCCCAGGUCUUGACUCCUGGAUUAUCCGCCGACACCCCUCAGACCAAGAAAAAAUAGAGAAUUACAUAUGCUUACAUACACACUUCCCAACCCUGUAAUUUAUGCUUCAUGGUGAAAUUGAUGCAAUUGGGGGGGGGGUGAGGGAGGCAGCUAGGAGUAACCAGAGCCCAUGUGCACCUGUGCUAAUCUUGUUUCAUUCAUUCUGAUUUAAUAUCCCAGUUGAGGGGUGAUGUCAUGCCACAAAGAGCCACAGAGGAAGUGGUGUUGCAAAGUGCAUUUAACUCCUCAUAUCCCAAAUGGACAAGACUUGGUGAUUUUUUUUAAAAAAAAAAUUCUAAUAUUUAUCUGGCAGCAGAAAUAGUGUUGUUCACAAAUAUUAUUAGUGUUUAGGGAUUGGGGGUUUUUUUGUUUAGUCAGUUGCCAGAUUCUGCAGGGAAAGCAAAAAAUAUACCUUGUGAAGCAUUAGAUCAGAAGGCUGUCUCAAGGAAGAUGCUUGCGUGAACUGUAUGGUCAGGCUUUACCUUCUGAUAAGAGUAGCCAGGAACAGUAUUUUACGUAAAAGGUGGCUUUUCAAUUGUGCCUGGCACAGGGGUGGAAAGCAAAAGUCCUUUGUAAAACAAUUUUUUGUCAAACUGUAUUAUAAAUCAAACUAUCUCAGCUGCCCACCCAGUAUAUGGGCUCGCUUUCCUAAUUAGUAUUGUACACGGGGCCGUUUUAUCGGCCAUCCACUCGGGCAUGAAAUAGAAAAGAGCUCUGUGUGCAUGCGUGGGAGCCACAAAGAGAGAGGCAGACUACUGAAAUGAAGCAUGACUUUGACGUAGGUCUGUUUCAAGUACAAAGGCCUGCAGCUAUGUUUGCUGUGAUUCAGCUGGAGAUUACGGAUGAUGGACCGGGGGGGGGCAGGGAUCUACCAGUAACAGACCAGCACAGUCAAAGGAUCCUAGGAGAGAUUUCCUAAGUCACUGAUUUUCAGAUUGUUCCAGAAGGAACACUAGGGUGAGGAUCCUCAAUGAGAAGAUCACUCAGGGCUUUCCUGAAAGGCUGCUUUUACCCAAUGUCACAAUUCUUCCCUCUGAAUAUGUGGCUUCAGCAAAGUCUUGGAUGUGUUUGAGGUCGGUAGUCUUUAAUCUUAAUAGAUCCAGGUCCUAUCUUUAAAUGAAAUGUACCUUGGGGGUAUGUCCCGCUUCUUAAUUGUUAUUUUUUAACAUAUAUUUGUAUGGUGGCAGUGCCGUUGGUGCAACCCAACUUAGUAUCCUAGGUCACAUUCUGAUUUCACUCGGGGUAGCAGGGAGACCCAACACCUCCAGCCACUGCCCUGAAGGAACUGAGGGUGUGCUCUAGAAAAUGCCCUAAAUUUGUCUACAGCACACUGGGUUAUCCCGGCAGCCAUAGCAAGGCUUCCUUGGCAGAGAGGUCAACACAGAAAAUGUACCAAAAGGUAGGCAAUUUGAAGAAACACUGCUCUGGGCAAUGCUUUUCCCUCAGUCACUUCUAAACCUAUAACAACACCACUGGCAACUGCCGUUUCUCAGAUGACAAGCGUUGCUCACAUGUGGCUGCUAAAGAUCCCAGGGGGGCUAUUUAUAAAAGAGGAGUAAAAUUAGCCCAUAGCAUCCUGGCCAAAUUCCAGUGCAGGUAAUUUAUUUCCUGCCUUCCUAGAAUUACAUGCAUACACAUUCUCUCUCUCUCUUACUCCACCCCCACCCCCUGCAGAUUCAAUUUAUUUUAUUUAGCAUGGUGUGUUUAUCUGCUGCUCUCCCGUCACUAAGAUACUUGGUUGCUUUGUAAUCAUUUAAAAAUCUGCAGGCUGGAAUCAGCCUAUUCUGCUUGCUCAUGCAGCUGGGAGGCGACAGCCUCCUAAAACGUUAAAGGGUGAUGUGAAAAAUAGUUUAUCCUGUUGGUGAGUUAUUGGGGCUUGACAGUAGACAGCACAUCUGAAUCGGCUGGUGCCCCUCCCCCAAAAAACCCCGGUACUGAAAGAUAUGCACAGUAAUCGGAAGAGAAAUGGUGAAUGGUAAAUCCACCCUCUGUUUACUAUUAUAGUAAAGGCUGAAAGAAUGAAGCGAUUAAUGGAUAUGAUAAAUGAGCUGAUUCAUUAAACUCAGAUUUAAAAUGUGGGGUUUUUAUUGGAGCGUGCAGCACACUCGAUUUGGUGCUCAGUGCUGAUGACAGCACUGUUGAAAGCAUUGCAUGUCUCAGGAUUUCAGUAGGGCGUUUAUUUCCCGAAGGGAAAACGAUGCAAUGUUAUUGGUUAGUCCGCAGAAUUGUUCGCCUUCAUUUCAAUAUCCACAAAACAGCACACUUCUUUGAGUAUGUUAAUAUUUAUUUCAGUCAGUUGAUUAGCUAGCCUAGUAAUAGGUGGAGAGCCCUAGCCCUAUCCAGAGAGACCACACACAAUGCUUCAUGCACCAAGGGAUGGGGGCAGAUGGCAGGACUGCAACAAAGGAGUGAGCUAAGUGUGACAAGGGAGGCGGGUUUAAAAGCCUUUAAAAGCAGGGGUGGGAAUGCUGAUGAUGGACUCCAGUACCAUCAGCCCCAGCCAGUGUGACCAGUGGGCAGGAAUAAUGGGAGUUAUAGUGCAACACCACCGGGAGGGGUCACAGGUUCUCUAGCCUUUCAUUAGAUACCAGGGAAACACCUGUCUUUGUAAUAGGUAAGUGAGCAGGGAAGUUUAUAGAUCUAGGGACUAAUCAUAAAAAGAUGAAUUUUACACACCCAGACGAUCUGUGUCAGCAGAGGUCCAGUGUUAUCCCCAAGAGUGUUGCUUUAUUUUUAUUAUUGCUAAUGAAUAGAAUUGUUGCCUUUUCCGUCCUCUAGAGGACAGAAAGGGACAUGGCAUCAGAAGCCCAUCAUGUGUAACCAAGGCAAACGGCGAAGGAGCUUGCUUUUAUAUGCAUCUAGUAUCUAAUGCUCUUGUGGGAGCUUAGGGUCUUAAUAUGUAACAUUAUGCAUUUAUAUUAUGUGAGAAUAGAAUAUAAGGUUUCCCUUCAGUGUGAAAGAAUGGGGUUUAAUUGUCCUCUUUACCACAGGGUCAUUAUUUGACUUUGGGACUUUGCUUCCAGUUCUCUGAUUCAGUUCCCUAUCUGCAGAACUUUCAUAAAAAUCAUUUUGUGGGGAAAUGGGGAUAGUUGCUCAAUAACCUUAUUUCCUCCACUCUCUUUCUCCAGGGGGCUUUGCCACCUUCUCAUCUUGCUUCCCAGGACUCUGCGAAGGAAAACCUACUGCUAUCCUGCCAAUGAGCAUCUCCCAGCCAUGCAUGCCAGUGGCCAAUGUUGGCCCAACUCGCAUCUUGCCUCAUCUCUACCUAGGCUCCCAGAAAGAUGUCUUAAAUAAGGUACAUCAUGUAAAGAAGAAGAAGAAGUGGGGAGGGGAGGGAGGGGUAGCUUGCCUUAAAGAAACCCUUCCCCUUAAGACUUGGGAGAGCAGGUGGGUCACCUGUGUGGGAAACUGUAUCUCAUGGGUAGGCAAGCUAAGGCCUGGGGGCUGGAUCUGGCCCAAUCGCCUUCUCAAUCCAGCCUGUGGAUGGUCCGAGAAUCAGUGUGUUUUUACAUGAGUAGAAUGUGUCCUUUUAUUUAAAAUGCAUCUUUGGGUUAUUUGUGGGGCCUGCCUGGUGUUUUUACAUGAGUAGAAUGUGUGCUGUUAUUUAAAUCGCAUCUCUGGGUUAUUUGUGGGGCAUAGGAAUUCGUUCAUUUCCCCCCAAAAAUAUAGUUCGGCCCCCCACAAGGUCUGAGGGACAGUGGACCGGCCCCCCACUGAAAAAGUUUGCUGACCCCUGCUGUAUAUUGUCUGAUCAGGACAGGGGUGGGCCAUUUUUGAAUUGUGCAGCAAAACAGAGCUAUAGACUGAGCUCCCUUUUGAAGUGCUAAGGACAUUAGCAGCAGGAGCAUCAAAACUGCAACAUUGACCCUGAGAGAUCUUUAUGACAGGGGAGCCAGCUGUUUCUUACCAGAUCCCAGUGCCAGCCAAGCUAAAGAAUAACACUGACCUCAACUCUUCCAUGUCCAGCCUCAGAGCCAGAGGAUGAGGUAUUAAGCUUGGCAUUCAACAGUGACUGAUGGUGAGGUGAGGGCAAGGGAGAGUGUAGGGAACGGCAGCCCACAUCUGCAAGCAAAGAACCCUUUGAGCAGGCCCCAAAAUGGACAAAGAUCUGCUUUGGGAAUUGGAGAGGGGAGGGAACAGGCAGCAUCCUUUCAAAGGACACCAGAAUGCUUGGGCUAUGAUAUCACAUCGGGGAAGAGAAUUUCAUUGAAAGAAAAAAUAAUACUAGUUAGAAGAAGAAAGAAGCCGCAGUUGUUGUGAACAUACCAGUGGGCACAAAUCCUGGGCAGGAGGGAGCCAGUUGGGCAUUCCUGCCUUGGGGGGAGGGUUAGGUAGAAGCGCCUGAACUAGAAACACUGAGAGGGGAAGGGGGAACAUUUUACACAGGGACUAGAAGGAAAUGGGGGAGAAAAAUGCCAGGAAUGUGAGCUUGGGAGCUCGGCUGGCUCCUAGGGACCGAGGUGAGAGUUAUUACACAGAGACUACUUGGAAAAUGGAGCCACAGAACUUGGGGGGGGGGGAGCAUAGCAUUGGGCAUCAGUGGCUGAAAACAGGAGGAAUGGAAUAUGAGCUGGAACCCCAAAGAACUUUGCUCUGGAUAUUUUCGGUAAAACUCUGCUUUUAGACGUGAGUCUUGGCUUCCCUACAGAAGUCCUGCUUUUUUCAUUGUGGCAGCAGCCAGUGGUUUUUACUGAAUCUUCAUUGACCUCAGGCAACAGUGCCCAGCUGGCGGCCCAAACAGCCUCCCCCCCUCUGUGAUAGCACAGCCAUACAUUGCAGGCUGGGCAGCCUAGUACCCAAUGGAGGAGAAAGAAGAGGAGGCAAAGACAUCCUCAGGGCCUCUGGAAGAGUGGGUGGAAACAUCCUGCACUGGACUGCCAAACAUCCAUUGAUUCUCUCUUUCUUUCUCACUCUCUCUCAGGACCUGAUGACCCAGAAUGGGAUAAGCUAUGUCCUCAACGCCAGCAACUCUUGUCCCAAGCCAGAUUUCAUAUGUGACAGUCACUUCAUGCGCAUUCCAGUCAAUGACAAUUACUGUGAGAAGCUUCUGCCCUGGCUGGACAAGUCCAUUGAAUUCAUUGGUAAGACUGUGGACCAGCCACAUUUGAGGCAGUUCAUUACUUCUUCUGGGCUGUGACCUUGGUUGCUGCAAAAGGCAUCUGGGCAAUAGUGGCUGCGUGGUUCAUUUUCCCCCAUCCACAUGCACAGACUUCUGGUUUUUGUUUUUUGUUUAACUCUGAUGUGUUCAAAACACUCAGUCUGCCCUUGGGAGGCACACUUUCUCCCUUUGUACAAAACAACCAUCCUGUCCCCAGACAGCAAAGCUACCAAGACCGUUGUAAACCCAUAGCAUCACCUGAGGUAUAGCUAACACCACUUGGGAGAACAGUUGCUGCUACAGAAAGAAAUGCCUCUUGCUCUAUCAAGGUGCUUUUCUUUAUCAACAACAACUAUGCUCUUUCUGGUUCCAAAGAUGAUUGAUUAAAUGAGACUGGGAGUUCAAAUAGUAAUUUUCUUCCUAGCAAAUAGAGAGGGUGGGGAAAAUAAAAAAAAAGUCUCUUUAAAGCAUAUACUAGUGAAUGGUUUGUUUUUUUAAAGAAUAAUAAUCCGGUGCUUUAUUAGCAACCCAUUGCAGGCCAGGAAGUCCCUCCACUAUUUCUCAUCAGAUAAAACAGCAACAUUAUUGACAAGCCAAGAAGCCAAAUAAACAAGUCAUGGUUUCUAGCUUCCACUUCUUGGUUGCACAUAUUUGACUUACUUAAACCAUUUAGAUUUGUGUUUUUCCUCUUUAUUUAUUACUCUUCCAAUUUUGUUAAAAAGCGUCUUCCUUCAGAGUCAUUUCCAGAGAGGUAGUAGCUGUGUUAGCACGCAGCAGGGAAAACAACCAAGACACUUGUGGCGCCUUAAAAGACUGACAGAUUUAUUACGUUCAAGCUUUCGUGAAGGGGCUUCUGGUCCACAAAAGCUUAUGCUGCCAUAAACCUUUGAGCCUUUGAGGCACUGCAAGUCUCUUUGUUGUUCAGAACAACGUAGAUAGUGGAGUCCCAGAAUAUCGACCUGAAGGCUGUUUUCUUCUGCUGCAGACAAGGCCAAGGUGUCCAGCUGCCAGGUGAUCGUUCACUGCUUGGCAGGGAUCUCCCGAUCGGCCACCAUUGCCAUUGCAUACAUCAUGAAGACCAUGGGGAUGUCUUCAGAUGAUGCCUACAGGUAGGUUGCUUUCUGAAAGAGAGGGCACUAAUGUUUUUCUUUGCAUUUGACUUUGGGGUGUUUUUGUUUUUUGUUUAAAGUGGUGCCGUUUAUCAUGAAGCAUACUUUCCAUGUGUCUUACUCAAGAGUACUGGCUAAUAAGCAUGAAAGAACAUAGUGCCAUAAACAUUAUAGGGUUGAUUCCAAUCAUAGUCCUACCAGGUGUAAACCCAUGGAAAUCAAUGGACGUGACUAUCUCAGGUCCAUUAACUUCAGUAGGUCUAGUCUGAUAAUACCUUAGUUAGAUACCUCCCAUAAUCUACCUGUGCUGUGUUUUCAGUUACUCGUUUGCCAGUUUCUUCAGUGUAAGCUUACCAGGCUGGUUUGCAUGACUGUCAGGCUUGUAGUUGCCACUUGAAUCUCAUCUGCAGGUUGGCUCCCAGCCUGUUGCCAGCUGGUCCCCAUGCAUGUGCCAGUAGGCUCGCAGCGAUGUAAAUGUUUAGCUCUUAGUGGCAACAUGCAAAAAAAGAAGAAAAAGAAAGAAAAGAAGCACCUUGGUGUGACAUGUGGCAGUGGCAGUAUGGGGACAAGGAGCCAACAUCCACAGACAGAUCCCAUGGCUACUGCCGUGAGUCUGAAGGUUGUCCGAAAUGACCAUUGCAUAAACAAGGAGCAAUCUUUAAAGCAUCACAUUACACCCCUACUCCUUGAUGUCCCAGGGUGUGUGGGGGAAACAGAUCCAGCCGAUUUCCAGUGCUGCAUUGAAUCAUACAAUUCUUGCAGCAUCCCACGCCCAAAUCCUUAGAAGUAAGAAAGGGCCUGAUAACAACUGCAGCUGUCUCGUUUGCCCCAACAGGUUUGUAAAAGACCGGCGUCCCUCCAUCUCGCCCAACUUCAACUUCCUGGGUCAGCUCCUAGAGUAUGAGAGAAGCCUGAAGCGGCUCAAGGCUCUGAAGGCCCAAGGGGAGAAGAGCGAAGGGGAAACCCAGCAAGACCAGCCAGAAGCCCCUGAAGGCUGCAGGCACCAGAUUCUGUCUACCUCAGAAAAGGCUGAGGAGCUAUUCAGAAGCACAACCUCGGAGACCUCCUCGCUUGACUCCGAGAAGCCAGCGGGAGUCUCCAAGGUUGUCUCGCCUACAGCACUGCAACAAGGGCUCCGUGGCCUCCACUUGUCUUCGGAGCGCAUCCAAGACACCAACCGGCUGAAGCGUUCCUUCUCCCUGGACAUCAAGUCAGCCUACACCCCUAGCCGGAGGCAGCAGGACCCCCCAGGUCCAACAGAGGCAGGAGAAACCCCCAAGCUGUGCAAGCUGGACAGCCCAUCAGGUCCCAACGGCACAUGCCAGUUCUCCCCUGUCCCAGACAGCCCGGACUGGCCCAGCGGGUCCGACUUCCUCCUCGAGGCCAAAGUACGGCAGAGACGGAAGCACAGGCACCAAGCCGGCUCCCCUGCCCACGGGCUGAGCCUUAACUUCAGUGGGGUGUGCGCCAUGCACAAGAGCGCCAGCGUGGAGGACAGCCUCAAGCAGACGCUUCGGGCGGGCCUCCCCGGUGUGGGGCAGCAGCCGACCGCCACCCCGGCCCCCACCAGCACUUGGGGGGUGCACUUGGAGUCCCCCGGCACCCCUUCCUCUGAGAACCCCUGGUACUUCAGCACAGACUCGGCAGCGGGCGGCAAAGGCAGCGGGAGCGGGGCUCUGUUUGCCGGCGCCGCCACCUACUCCUCGUUCAGCUGCAGCACAAUCCAGGCAAGCUGCGAGAUCAGGCUGAGGGACAAGCAGCGGGGCGAGCCGCGGGACGUGCGGCACAGCUGGCACGAGGACACCGCGGCCGAGAAGCAGUUCAAGCGCAGGAGCUGCCAGAUGGAGUUCGAGGAGACCCUGUCGGAGAGCAGGUCUCGGGAAGACCUGGGAAAAAUCAGCAAACAGUCUAGCUUUUCGGGCAGCAUGGAAAUCAUUGAGGUGUCCUGA